UUUCUGCUGUCAGAGGAAACAUCUGUAUGAUAUUCAACCUUUGGAGUAAUUCCACUAAGUGACUGACACUUGUUGGAGGUACAUGUGUUCCUGUGUUGGCCAGCUGUAUACAGAGUUACUGCUAGUUGAUGAAAAGGUAACUGAUAGUGAGAUUUCUAACCCGGAGAGGUGUUGUUUCUCCCGUUUGAAGUAAGUGAUUCGCGACCUCGAUAGCUCUUAUUUGCUUGUUUCCUGUUUUUGUUUUUUUUUUCAAUUACACUCUACAUAGAGCCGUGUGGAGUUAUGGUAGACUCUGUUAUGUGCACUGCAUCUGUGUACGUGAUGAAAAUGUGAGCUCUUUAAUGAGGAGUUCUUCCAUGUACCAAAGUUUAAGAGGGCUACACUCGGGGCAUUAAGUCAUUGUAAAGCCUGUCGUUUGUACCAUCAUCCUUAACCGUGUAGUCUUAGCCUGCCAUGCUAACUGAGCCUGCGAAGCAGAUUCAUACGUCUGUUUUGGUUCUUGUUUGAAACAAGCAGGGUUUAAUGUCCAGUUGGCUGUCCAUCCUCUGUUAUUACAGCUGUAAUAUCUCAUUUUCAUCAUGUGCUGAGCCUUAGUUUUCAUCGUUGUAGAGAAAAUGUCCAUUUGCUGUGAACAUUUCCGCAGGUGGUGCUGUUGGCGGAGAACUGAGCUUCACUUCUGCAGGACAGUGUUUGCUGUUUCCUGAACUGUGCGCAGAAGGUUGCAGGAGUUCAGCUUUACAUGGUGGUACUUCACUAAAAACACAAUAAGGAACUGCCAAAGGAUAGCUUUACGGUCAUUGACCGAACAGAGCAGACUCUUAGGAGAAUUUAUUGUGGCAUAGUCCUUACUAAAGCUAUUGUGAAGAGAUGACAGCAUGGUGAAAUGAAAGAAGUCAUUCCUGUUAUUCAUUAAAUUCCAAAAACAAGGAAACAACUGCAGCUAGCUGUCAGGAUAUCACUCAAACCCAUUCCUCAACCUCUAUACUCAUUCACACCACAUUCCAGUAUAUCAUAGUGUUGACGCUCUUGUUAGAGCAGACGGACUGGAGCUUUAAGUAUGGACUUGGUCUGAAUUAUUAAGGAAGCAAACUUUAGAGAUCAACAUCAAGACUUGUAAUCAUGUUUUUUUCAAUAUUAGCCUUCUACAAGCAGACUGAGCCAACUGCUAUUGACAGUAGCUGAGUAACAUCCAUAGUGCACUGAAGUAAUGCUCAGUUUACCACUUCAGUCAUUAUCUUCAUCUUUACACUUGUACUCACCCUGUAUAGCUAACUGAAAGUGUGAUUACACACAUCAAAACCAAAUUUAAAUUAUAUUUGAUAUGCUGUUAUAUGGCAUGAGAAAAAUGUAUUUUUAGUCAGAAAAAAGGUAACUGUGAUAUUGGGCUUGUAAGAUAUGACAUUAUUAAUCAAUCAGUCUCCGGAUUUGGGAAAGGUGUAACAUCUGAUCAGAAGAGAGGUUGGAGGAUGCAAAUAAGUAAGAGAAAAGCAGUGACAGCCCUACCUGAAUGUGCAAAGUAUGUUUCUCAUUUACUAGGCAGCCAGAUGAGCUGACAUCUGGGGCAGGUAGCACAUGUAGGUAGUGUGUUCGGGGCUGAGCAUGGAGAAGUCUCACUGUCAGUACUUGGUUUCAAUGGAAGAUAAGGUUGACUUGUAUCAUGCUGAUUAUGAGGAAGAAAGAGCGCAGGUUUCACACAGGUUAACUAGCCAAAUGACCGAAUGUUCCCCAUUUCCUGCUUUUCCAGAAAUGUACCUCAUGAUUUAUCUCUAAUAGCUUUGUUGGCUUGAUUAACUGAGAUCUGAUGUCUCCAUGGACCUUAUGUAUGACUUUAGUGUCAGAGCACACGUCUGUGCAUCUGUUGUAGCUGCAGGUAAUUAACACAGAGCCGUGCAGACCAGGCUGGACUUGACCACCUCUAACCAGCUUAUUAAAUCAAAAUGCUGAGUAAACACCAAUGAACUCCAGACAGCGUAUCUAAGUGCAACAAGGUAUGGAGAGGAAAUAAGCAUUACCAUGCAGUAAACUGUGAAUCACAGAUAAAUCAGUUAGUCUUGUACGAUUAUCUGCAGUGUCACUAAAAAUAUUCAUACAAUCUCCAUGUAAUGAUUUAAACUGGUAUGGCUGUGUUGUUGCAUUGUCUGCUAUUUUCACCUGUUUUGUAGACUUAACAAUUUUACAUAUGGGUACAAACACAGUUGUUUAAGUACACUGCAUAUCUACACAUCAGAUACAGUGAGAGUUGAAUCACUGGUUGUUUAGCCUGUCAGCUUAUUAGCUGCACUGCAGUGAGAUUACCUCAUUAAAAACAGUAUCUCUUUUGUCUUCCCACAGGUGCUACUGUUAUUUUUUCAGAUACAGUAAUUUGUGAAAAAAAGGAGGACCCACCAAACAAGGACAGAUCGAAUAGUCUGGAAACGUUUGACUGGGCUGCAGACGUCCACACAUUCCUCGGGUGAGUGACAGAAUUACACCAAUUAAAUUGUUGGAGGCCUGCGUGUUUUAUAGCCGGUUCAUCACGAUGAAAUACUGUCUGUGAGGGAGUUUGAAUAUUUGAGGAGAUUAGAGCUCAAACACUGUGAAAGAUGAUAUCACCUCUGAGAGUGUCUGUUAAACUGGAUAACAGUGAUAAGGUCGUUGUUUUCCUGCUGCCAGCACACGUUUGCCAUGGUGCAGUGCAUCUGUUUGUCAAACUUUGGUUCACACUUUGGUUACAGCGAUACACCCCUGUGAUUUGCAAGUAUGGGUGACAUUUGUUUAAUGUUAGCUAUUUUAGGGUCUUGUUCCCCUCCCUGUGAGUGCUGUGAUGAGUUUCAGCUCCUUGAGGCCCCGCCCAGGACAAACAGUUCAGAGGAAACAGGGAUAAAGGGGCGCAAAAGCUCUUAGUUCACAUGUUGAUAGAAACGAGAGAAGCCUUUGCUGCUGGUCUUUAAACAGUCACACGCCUGCAAAUCUACAACACAAUAUUAAAACUUGUUUUUUAGAAAACACCUUACCUCAGGUUCAGUUUUUUUAUAUUACAUAUACAAGUUAUAUUCUGUUGGUAUGUGUUUAUUGGCUGUGUGAGGCCUAAUGUGUCCAGCCAUGUCCCAGUGCAAGAAUAGGUUCUGGUAGUUGGCUCUAUUUUGGAUCAGGCUCCAACUUUCAAAACAUUUGAAUGUGUGAGAAUAUAAAGCUGCCUAAAUGCUCAUCUCCUCCCAUUUUGAAAGUGGCAGACAGCCAUAAGUUUGCUCUGGCCUUUCACUUGAGUAUACAGCACUUAUCCUGCUCAGACCUGGGUGAAUAAAAACAUAUUUCAUGUUUAGUAGAAUGGCAAACUUUUCGUUUGUGUCAAUUUGUGUCAACACUUUGGACAAAGCAGUCUUUGUAUAUCUCAUUCUUAAGACAUUUUAGUAAUGCCUUGAAAAAGAGGAUCUCAUCCUGCUGAUGUUUUGAAGGUCAAAUAUGUUAUUUAAUGUGAAUAUUUUGUAAAAUCAGGGCCCAGCUGACAUCUACCCCCUCGAAUUGAACCCGGCCUCUAAAACAUCCUGUAUUAGACUUAAGGGACUCUCAUGUAACAGUGAUGGAAACUAACCUGAAGGCAGUUUAUAAAACUGCUGAUUUACAACCAGAGUCGGAGAUGAUGGCGGAAACCAAGAGAAAGAGAGGGAAAGAGAUGAAGUGAGAAAGACUCUCACUGUCAGGCCUCAAAAUGACAAUAUUAAAUGAUUAGUCUUGUAACUGGUGAUGAUCUUGUUUCUUAUUUGAUGACAUGAAAAGGCAUCACUAUGAAUUUUAGUGUAUUUCAUAAAAUAAAAUAUUUAUGCCCAUCAUACCAACACUUAAAUGUUACUGACCCUUCAACACAUCAAACAGGCACAGACAGCUCUGUGAUAACUCACAGGUCAGAAAAUAGCAGCUGACCAAUCCCAGGGCCAGGUGUCAGCGCUCAGUCAUCCAAAAACCAACCAGCGACUUCACUGAGACCAUGUCCAUGAUCAACCAGCUGGUUCAGACUAAAACAUGAAAUUUGAAAUCUAUUGGUAUCUAAAGGAGUCGUUUUUCAGUUGUCACUUCGGAUUUUGUUUGACAUACUCACCAAAAUAAGUUACCCAGUGGACUUCUUCGAAGAGCAACAGGCAGCAGCACAUGGUGUUCCUUUGAUCAAGCUGCUACAGUAGGUCAUAUGUGAAGUCUUGCACAGGCUGUUGACGAUCCUGUCUGAUCACAGCCUCUGGAGUCAACCAGGACAAAGAUGUGGUGGAACAGCUGCAUUUCUUUGUACUCUGAGGAUUCAGUCAGAACUGCAUGUGAACUCGUGCUUUAAAGUAUCUCAUGAAGGAAAUGUCUUCACACUGGAAUUUAAGUUGUUUAUUUUACUGUCACAGCUGCGGGUACAUUAUGGACCGUAUAGUUCCAACCUGUGUCUAUAUAUUUCCUCAUUAUACAGCACCCUGGUGGCUUUGUGGUCUGAAAGCACAUACUAAGUUACAGUGACACUGAUGAUCCAGGUCUGGCCUGUGUUUUAUGGUCUCCUCUUAAGUUCUCUGAGCUGCUCCAGCUUUAAUAUUAAAGUGUGCUCUGAAGCGACACUUGUUUAUACAGGCUUUUGGUAUCUAGUUAGGUUUUUUUGUAGUGUGUUGUUAAGCGCUUUGGGUAUCUUGAAAGGCACUAUACAAAUGUAAGAUAUUAUUAUUAUUAUUAUUAUUAUAGUGAUGCUGCUAAAAGGAGGUCAUGCCAAAUUAAAAAAAUAAAACAAAAACAGAAAGAUAUGCCUGUAAUUUGACUGAUUUCACAUUGUUGAUAUGAGAAGGGCCUCAGCAAGCUGCAAUACAGCUAGGUCCCUGGUUUCAAUGAGGAAUGCCAGCUAUUUUAACUAUCCAUCCUGGGAAACUGAAGGACAAAUGUGGGAGCAGUUUCCCACACAGUGCCAUGUAUGAUAAGGAAAAAGAGACAGAGAGGACCAAACACUGAUAGUCUGCAUGGAGGGAGAGUUUGCAGCAUGGCAUUUGAUUGGGCGCAAAUAAAGCACACACGGUUGGCUGUACUUUGAAUCAUUUUGAGUAAAAAGAAAUAUGAAUGUAAAUACUUUGGAAAUUUGAUGGAACAGUUGCUCCAACACACAAUAUAAUUCCAUCCAUAACAUGACAAUAAAAGGACAUACCAAUUCAUGUCCAAGACAAAUAAACAUUAUAGAAAGAAAGGAUAAAUAUGAUAAUAAGUACAAAUAUCAUCGUAAAUAUGGCUCUAAAUUCAUUUAUUCAUACAGUAGUAACUCUGCUCUGAAACUGGAGUUCGAAUUCACAUAUUUGGUUUCAUUGUUUCAGCUUUAGACAGGAAUCUUUGUGUGUUUGACGAGUUAUUUUAGGGGAUCUACACUCAGUCAGUGCUGUACCCUUCCCAUCACUCCUCGAUUGGUAUGCCGAAAUACCCACAUCCCUCUGACCUCUCAUUCAGAGAGGAUGAUUCAUGUCAGCUGGAUGUACCAGCUGGCUGUUAUAGCUCAGCUGUGUGUGUGUGUGUGUGUGUGUGUGUGUGUGUGUGUGCGUGCGUGCGUGCGUGCGUGCGUGCGUGUGUGUGUCUGUCUGUCUGUCUGUCUGUCUGUCUGUCUGUCUGUCUGUCUUUCAUGACUCCUCUUCAGUCUAGCAAAACUUUCUGCAUGUAUUAAGUGAGGAACUUAAUUCUGAUUUUUCCUACAAUACACAAUCUGAAAAGUAUCUCAAACUAAAGGUCCACUUUACAUCUUUAACAUUAUUUUUACAGAAUCUUACUGUUUUCAUCAACAAACAGGAUGACUCAGUUCAAUCAUAGAGACCAUCAAAUAAAGUUUAGAAAUAAGUAGGUCACGUGACUGAAUAUAAAGGGUUUUCCUGUUGUAAUUAGUCCACAAAGAAGUCACCUGAUUUAAAAAAUGUCAUGAUUCAAAGAAGCCUCUCACCCAUAUCCAGUCCUGGGAUUAAUGUGACAUGGGCCCCUUUACACACAGACACGGCUGGUCUGCAGCGAGGCUGCUGUUGGACUUUUGCCUCAGUGCUCAUCUUUAACAGGUGAAUAUCAGGAGAAUACAUUCGAUCACCCCUCAUCUGUUUUUUUUUUUUUCUUUGUAUUGUAUACGUUUCUAUCUUAGUACUAUAACUCUGGUGGACUGGUACUGCUCUGUUUAGCUUUUCUGUAGCCCUGUUUGGACUUCUCUCUUCCUUCCUCAAAUCCCCUCUUUUGGUACAUCUCUCAUUUUAAUACCUGAGACAAUUUUAUUAUUAUUUUAAUCCUUUAAUCUCUCUCCUUUCAUUUGCCCGCCACCUCAUGCUCAUUGCUGGAAUAUACUUUGAUUUUUGCUUAAGUGGUCCAACAAUCAAGGCGACUACUCUAUCAUGGUGGAAGACAAAACUAGGUUGCAGACAUUUUUUUACCUAAAGGAAGGAGGCAUGAGAUAAAAAGGCAAUGUUUCUAAAUUAUAGUUAUAGUUAUAGCAUAAGCCUCUCCUACAUGCUGGUGGCCCUGCCCCCAAUAAUCAUCAGCCCAGCCCUCUAAAAGUUCUUCGCUGAGGUAGCGUUGGCCAUUUUUUCCUCUCGCAUACGUCAUGUUGAAUGUCGAAGCUACGACCCAACCGCUGCGUGGUUCUUGGCUGCACAAACAAAGACAGAUGUCUAUUUCUGCCUCCUUCGUCAGGAGAUUUGAGGACCCAGUGGACCAAGUUAAAGAUCUCGAGGUUCUGAUUACCAAAGAGGAAAUAAUAAAGGCUAAACAUCUUCAUUCAGGUAAGGCCCCAGGUUUAGAUGGACUUACUGCCGAGUUCUAUAGGGCUUUCCUUGAAGAACCGGUUCCAUUUUUGCUGGAUAUGUAAUGAAGCCAUAGCCUUGGGUAAACUGUCCCCAUCAUUCAGAAGCACUAAUUUCUCUCAUCCCAAAAGGAGGUAAAGAUCCACUUGCCUGCAAUAUUACAGACCUACUAGUCUGAAAUAUUUUGAUAGUAAAAUCUUAUCUAAUCCUUGCAAAUAGGCUAGAUAAAGUCAUAACAUUUUUAAUCCACCACGACCAGGUGGAGUUCAUACGUUCCAGCUAUCCUGCUCAUAAUGUAAGAGGUUCCCUUUCAGUCGAUUCACUCGGUACAACACAUAUAGUAUGGGAUAUCACGCCCCUGCGUGACCUGACUGAAGACACCUUUAUUCACGCCUUUAAGGCAGAUGAUCUGUGGUGACGUCUGGGAGGCUCCGCCUGCACAUAUAUACGUGUAACACCACAGUCAUCCUUCAGUUCUUACGCUCUUCACCUCGCUGAGAACACCUACACCGAGUCGGGCUAACUAGCUGCUGCUAAAUUAGCCUGGUCUUGUCUCUGGCUACUGCUUGAUCGACUUUAGCUCAACUGCCCCUGUUGGUGUUAGCCUACGGCUACCCGCGGAGCGCUAAUUUCGUUCAGCUUUUGAGUCUCGUUAUGAGCUCUAAGCCCAUGAAGGUGAAGGCGAAGUCUUCUGUUCGCCCCUGUCCUCAGGGGUGCGGCUUCUCCCUUCACGAGAAGGAUCUUCACGAGGCUUGUCCCGUUUGCCUGGGGAUUGUCCACGCCAGGAGGGCGUUGACUGAGCCCGAGUCGUGUGAGUCCUGUCACCGGCUUCGGAGCUCAACCCUGGGAAGGCGGGUCAAGUUUGUGGAGAAAAUUCUUGGAAAAACCGCUGUUGCGCUGCACGACCCCCUCCUUUCCGAGUCCAGAGACCCGGCUUCGUCCGAGUCCGGUGGUGAGGACUUUCUGGUCGAAGGCUCAGUUGGAAGCUGGGCAGACCAUGUGGAGUGUGCUGACGGGUCAGCUGGGUUUGAGCCGGGCCCCUCCGAGGGCGCUGGCCAGCCGCUAUCCGGGCUAGCUUGUUACCAGGAGGACGAUGACGUGCUGGACAUCGGCCUGGACGUGCAGGGUUUUUCGGAAGAUGAGCUGGAGCCGUUGUCUUCAGGUCAGUAUGCCGCCGCUGCUGCGCCGGUUGAUCUGGACGACACAUCCUUCCUCUCACUGUACCGCCGUGCAGCUGAGAAACUGGAGGUAGAAUGGCCCUCUCCUCCACCAGCUCAAAAACCGUCGCGGUUCACAGGGUUUUUUCUCCCACCCGAACCGACGACUGUUAAGAACAGUUUGCCUAUGUUCCCGGAUUUUGUCGCGGAACUAACCUCGACAUGGAACAAGCCGCUGUCCACCCGCGCCACAGUGCCCGGUUGUGGACAGUUUCUGGAUCUAGAUGGAGCUGAAAAAGCUGGAUUGGUGAACCCUCCGCCUAUGGAGGCGUCCCUGGCAGCUUAUCUGGCCCCGGCCCAGAAUCACGGUGUCGGUGGCCCCAUCACGCUCCCAUCCAAGCACUGUAGAUUUUCAGCGUCACAGCUGGAUAAAAUUUACAGGACACAGGCAAAUACGGCUCGUGCACUGAGCUCCGUCACUAUGCUUCAGACAUAUCAAGCUAUGUGUCUGGCAGAACUCGGCUCGCGUAUGCCUCCUGACAGUCCGCUUACUCCUCUCCUCAAUGAAGCUAGGGUCGCCACAGAUUACAUCCUCCGUGUGUCCCGCUGUGCAGCGCUGUCUCUCGGUAGAGGCAUGGCUUCCACGGUGGUGGCGCAGAGGCACCUGUGGCUGACUCUCUCCGACGUUCCGGAGAGGGACAGAGCGGUUUAUCUGGACGAGCCUGUGUCGGCCAGCGGUUUGUUUGGGCAGUCCCUCGACGACAUUCAAGCUAAGUUUGAGCUGAGGAAAAAACAAACCGAAGCUUUGAGAAGCAUCAUCCCCAGGCGUGAUGCGAGGCCCAAACAACAGGGUUAUCCGCACAAACCGGCACCAGCGCCUCCCCCUAAGAGGACUGCAGCGCCCGCCAGCUUGGGGCCCCAGCCGGUGAAGCGACAUGUACCCGGUCAGAACCCACGCCCUUCGGCUUGGAACAAGGGUCCGCCACCGAGCUUCCGGAGGGACUCGGCGCCCAGGAAGAAGAAGCAGCAGUCAUCCUAGCUUCGGGAUCGACUCGAGAGGGCCAGCAGCACGGAGACACUGUCGCCCUUCAUUUUCUGCCGCCAAAGAGGCCGCGUUUAAAGUUCGUUCAGGGGUCCGGUCCCGAGAGGCGCUGCACUCCCUUAACACAGUCUCCCAAGCACAACCCCCCUCACAUACACAUGCCCCAAUAAUGGCGCCUGUUGUUCACUGUGUGAAUGUCACAAAUGUACGUUCUUUGAAUCAAAUAAAGUUUUCGUUUUGUUCUCAAAACAUCAUGAAUCAAUCAAGUCUGGGCGAGAAAGUGUUGCCGUUCCCAGCCGGCACGCUAGGGGGCGACAACCCCUCCCCCACAGUACUGGAGGUCAGUCGACUGACUGUUCGUCUCUCUCGGUGGCGCGCAUGCGCAGUCUCACCGUGGGUAGAGAGAACUGUUGCCAUCGGCUAUCGCUUACAGUUCAGGGUCCGGCCGCCUCGCUUUCACUCUGUAAUACACACAGUUGUAGCAGAGGAAGCAGCAGCAGUGCUGAGGGAAGAAAUAAACAACUUGUUGAACAAGAGAGCGAUACGAGUUGUUCCCGCUUCGGAAACGAACAAAGGUUGGUACAGCCGCUAUUUCGUUGUUCCGAAAAAAGGAGGAGGGCUCCGUCCUAUCCUAGACUUGCGAGUGUUAAACAAAUACCUACGAACCUACAGGUUCAAGAUGCUAACACUCAGACAGCUACUGGGCGCGAUCAGACCGGGAGAUUGGUUUACAACUAUCGAUCUGACAGAUGCUUACUUUCACGUAGCAAUUCAUCCGGACCACAGGCAGUUUCUAAGGUUUGCAUUCGAGGGCAUAGCCUACGAAUACCUGGUGCUGCCGUUCGGCUUAUCACUCGCCCCCCGAACAUUCACCAAAUGUGUCGAGGCGGCAUUAGCUCCGCUACGGGAGAAAGGUGUUCGCAUCUUAGCCUAUCUGGACGAUUGGGUGCUAAUCGCGAGCUCCAGAGAGCGAGCAGCGGCUCAGCUGUCAUUGACCCUAUCGCACAUCCAAACACUGGGCUUUUCAGUAAAUUUACAGAAAAGUUCACUGACUCCGAGUCAACAGGUAUCAUUUCUCGGGCUGGAAAUAUGCUCCGUUUCAAGCCGAGCACGUCUGUCAGAACGCAGGGUGGCUGCGUUUCACCGCUGCCUUGCACAAUUUCAGUUGGGACGCAAACUGUGUUUCCGGACGAUUUUACAGCUGACAGGCAUGAUGGCAUCUAUGAUCGCUGUAGUGCCGCUCGGACUGUUAAAAAUGAGAGCGUUUCAACGCUGGACUCAGUCUCACCGGCUGUGCGCGCAGCGUCACCUCCAGAGGAGGCUGACGAUAACUCAGUCUUGCAUGUCGGCUCUUCUCCCGUGGAGAGAACCCGGUUUUCUACAACAGGGAUCUCCGAUAGGGAGGGUGUCUUUUCGCAAGGUGGUGUCCACAGACGCAUCCCUGAGGGGUUGGGGGGCUCUGUGCGAGGGCGCAGCAGUGAGAGGUGUGUGGACGCCAGCACAAUGCAAACUCCACAUCAAUUACCUGGAGCUACUAGCUACCCUUUUAGCUCUGAAGCACUUUCGUCCCGUUCUGACAGGCCAUCAUGUUCUGAUCAGGACGGACAACACAACCGUGGUUUCUUACAUAAACAAGCAGGGAGGGACACGCUCUCUUCCCCUGUUAAAACUGUCUCACUAUCUGUUGCUAUGGUGCAGUGUUCAUUUUCUGUCCCUCAGAGCCACACAUAUUCCGGGUCACUUAAACCUUGGACCAGACCUUCUCUCCAGGGGGGUCCUCUUGUGAGAGAGUGGAGAUUGCACCCACUAGUGGUGGCUCAGAUAUGGGACCGCUUCGGCAAGGCAGAAGUAGAUCUUUUUGCCUCCAGAGCAAAUACUCAUUGCCCCCUGUUCUUUUCCAUAACAGACUGCAAUGCUCCCCUGGGGAUGGAUGCGCUAGCUCACCCAUGGCCCAACACGCUGCUAUAUGCUUUUCCCCCAGUGGAAAUGAUUCUGCCCAUUCUGGAGAGGGUGCGCCAGCAGGGGCUCUCCCUGAUCCUGGUGGCUCCUCGCUGGCCGGCGAAGUCGUGGUACGCAGAGAUAAUCAGUCUGCUGGUAGCGAGGCCCUGGCAGCUCCCUUUUUGCAGGGACCUCCUCUCCCAGGCGGGAGGAGAGGUGAUUCACCCGCGCCCAGAACUGUGGAAACUACAUGCUUACCUGUUGAAAGGUCCAACUUAAUGGCUCAGGGUCUGCCCCCAAAUGUGGUGGCAACAAUCCAGAGUGCAAGGGCAUCAUCUACUAGGGGCCUAUAUGCCUAUAAAUGGCGGGCGUUUGAGCAGUGGUGUCAGGACCGAAAUGUACUCCCAUUUCAGAGUUCUAUUGUGGAUGUUUUAACAUUCCUUCAGGACCUGCUGGAUAAGGGUCUCUCUUUCUCAACAAUUAAGGUCUAUUUGGCGGCUAUAUCUGCAUGCCAUGUUGGCUUUGAUGGUGUGACGCCAGGCGCUCACCCUCUUGCUAUGCGCUUCCUAAAGGGAGUCCGCAGGCUAAGACCUGUUCUUAAACCCAGUGUUCCCUCAUGGGAUUUAGGGUUGGUGCUUGAGGCUCUUGGUGGACCCCCAUUUGAGCCUAUUGAGUCAGCAGACAUGAAAUUUCUUUCAUACAAGACUGCACUGCUACUUGCUUUGACGUCUGCAAAGCGAGUGGGCGACCUUCAUGCUUUGUCUGUGCAUCCCUCUUGUACCCAGUUCACUCCGGAUGGAUCUAAGGCUACAUUGCGUCCAAACGCGGCGUAUUUACCUAAGAUUAUCCCCACAGCCUAUAGCUCUAUGAGUUUUGAACUGCUGAGCUUCUGCCCCCCUCCAUUUGCAUCUGAGGAGCAGAGGAGGUUGCAUUCCUUGUGCCCUGUGCGUGCACUACGCACUUACAUAGACCGCACUCAGAGUGUGCGUUUAUGUGACCAGUUGUUUGUCUGUUUUGCUAAUCCAGCCAAGGGCAAGGCGCUGUCUAAGCAGCGGCUUUCCCACUGGAUUGUGGAGGCUAUCUCCUUAGCAUACGGCAGCAGGGGUCUCCCGUUGCCCCAAGGUGUGAAGGCACAUUCAACCAGGGGAAUGGCGGCCUCUUGGGCCUUGUUUAAAGGGGUUUCUGUGAGUGAUAUCUGCACUGCAGCCAGUUGGUCAUCACCGCACACUUUUGUUCGGUUUUACCGUUUGGAUGUGACAGCACCUUCGGUGGCUCACGCUGUCCUUUCUGCUGGGUCUACAAUGCACUAAAAGUUUUGGAGGUUUUGACUUCGGUUCGGUGGCUGCUCUGCGGGGCGUGUAUAUAUGUCCCAUACUAUAUGUGUUGUACCGAGUGAAUCGACUGAAAGGGAACGAAAUGUUAUGAAUAUAACUUCUGUUCCCUGAAGGAGAGGAACGAGGUACAACACUGGGUUGCCCCGCUGCGCGGCAGAGCUCGGUGAAGAGCGGCUAUCGAACUGAAGGAUGACUGUGGUGUUACACGUAUAUAUGUGCAGGCGGAGCCUCCCAGACGUCACCACAGAUCAUCUGCCUUAAAGGCGUGAAUAAAGGUGUCUUCAGUCAGGUCACGCAGGGGCGUGAUAUCCCAUACUAUAUGUGUUGUACCUCGUUCCUCUCCUUCAGGGAACAGAAGUUAUAUUCAUAACAUUUCGUUUCAUGAUAUUUUUGCCGAAAAGGCUUUUGAUAGGGUGGAGUGGCCCCUAAAGUCCUUUGACUGUGGUAAUAACUUUAUAAAUUGGAUCAACCUAAUCUAUUCCCAACCCAAAGCCUCUGUCCCCACAAACAGGUUUAACUCUCCCUUUUUUGGUCUCAGUAGGGGCAUGAGACAGGGUUGUCUGCUCUCUCUACUUUUCACCCUUGCCCUUGCGCCAUUGGCUGAGGCCAUCCAGCCAGGACCUAGGCUUUAAAGGCAUCCAGUCAGGCCAAAGAUCCCUCAAGCUGUUGCUAUAUGCAGAUGACAUCCUCACGUCUGUGUUUUAACGGGAAAAAAAUCCUUGCCAUCCUUACUUAAAACAUUUGACAACUUCUCAAAAAUUGGUUAUGGAGAGAAAAUUUCUGGUAAUGAAUUGGAGGACCUCCACUGCUCCUGCACCAUCUCUGUGGUUCAUCCUAUUAGCAAAACUAGCUGCUCCAGAAAAACUGUCCUUCAGGUUGAUAAGCAGGGUGGAGCAGUACUAACAGAAGUGGGGAUGUUGCCAUGACUUCAUAGAGAGGUGCUAAUUUGAGUGAUUGGGUUCCAGAUGGUAAGGUUGACAUAAAGAAAUAUAACUGAGAUCUGUGGCUGUGUAGUACUCAGACUGUGUAGUACUCAGACUAAUCUGUAGACUUAAUCUGAUCUACCAUUACGUGUUCAUUUGCUUUUUCCUCAUCUUUUGUUUGUUUAUUAUUUUUGUAUUGUUUAAUUCUUGUUUCUGUGUUCGUUUGUUGUUGCUUUUUUAUUUCAUUAGUGCUAUCAUACAUAUUCAUACAUAUCAAAAUGAACACACAGGAAUGAUACCUUUUUUUCCCUAUCAUCCUGCAAAGCCAUGUUUAUAUGUCUGUAUUAAUCACUAUAUCUAGAUUGUUUAGUUGUAGGCUAUUGUCAUUGUUGUGUUUAUGUGGGAAUAAUUAUCAUUGUUAAAAAAAAAAAAAACUUAAAUAAAUACAAAUCAUAAAAAAGGCAAAACAAGGAACAACGUGAUCACACACACGUCAUAUCAACCCUCAGCUUUACAUGCAUGAGGCUGAAUGUAAGAAAACACCAACCCUUCCUUGAAAGAGAGCUCUUCUUCAUUGAAGGUUUUAGUGUUUGUAUUCGUUUGACCAACCUUGAAGCACACAUCUCGUGACCUCAUCAGCUCCACUAUGACACUCAUCUCCAAGGCCAGACAGACAGUUGGCAUCGGUAGCUGCAGGCUGUGUUGAGGGAGCAGAGAGGAGUUGCUAAGCUUCACUGACAGGCUUUGGUUUCACACCCUGGCUGGCUAUGAGUACAUUUGCAUGCCCAGAUUUAGCACAGGGCUUUCCCACUAUGUGAGAAUGCUGUGUUGGCUGGAGCGCCUGUCUCUGUCAGACAAGUGUGAAGUCCUGGGUAUACAACUGACUUCAGAGGGAUUUUUAAAGACCUGUACUGCGUGUUAGGUUAAUCCUGUAGGUCAAAACUUGUGUUUUUUAAGCAUUCACUGAGAGGCUUAACAUUUGAAUGAGUGCCUCUGGCAAUGAUAAGAUGAUACUCUGAGCAUCAAAAUUGUUCUUGAUAAAAAAUUACAAACAGGGUCCUGAUGAAAAGCCACACACUGAGCGGCCUCAAAAACUGACACGCAAAUCUAUGACGUGUAUCGCAACAAGGAAGACAAGUUUGAAUGGACUGUAGGAGCGUGGCAGCAGCAUAGUGCAGCCCCAGUCAGCUGGGAUCAGUAUAGAGGAAACAACAUUCUCACAGCAGGUUGUUUUGCCUUUCUGUGGUCUAUUUCCUGUUAGUUUGGAUAUAAUUCAGUGACCGUUUAGCCUCUACUGUAUAUAAAAAAGCAACAUGAUUUUACAGUUUUGGUUUUUGCAGGUUUACUCGUGUUUAAUAAAGUAAACUAUGUUCGUUUAUGCUGUGCUGUUACCUUCAGACAGAGUUAGCAGUUAAAAGUCCUGUUAGGGUCCACAUGGAUCAGGGAUUAACUAUCGGAUUAUUCUGUGUUACUGAUAAAUCCAUAAUCAGGAAGUAUUUCUCAUCUACACGAACUGAUACACAGUCGGUAGUUUGCAUAUGGUGUUUUAUUUUGAAAUUAACUGGAUGACAUGUGCGGUGUCCGUGCUUGACAUCCUGUCUAGAACGAUCCUCUCUGUGUAGACUGACGCGUGUUGGAAGCAUAGAGCAGUAAAAAUGAGCUUGGCGUGUAUCUUUAGCAGAGCCGCGCUUGGCAUGCUUCUGAUACGGUGUUGCGACAGAGCUGAUCCUGUGUGCCGUCCAGUGUGCCGUCCAGUGUGCGAUGCCACAUUGAGUAGAAUGGCAACCUAUUUUGCUGCGCUUAUGUAAUGCGCUCAAUACACAUCCUGUAUGUUUUAGCCUUAAGUCUUCAUUUUUUUGUAAAUUUUUCUUACUUUUGUGAAAUUCAUUUGCCAGUGGGUGUAAAAUGUACAGUAUUUGUUUUCAUUGAGAAAAAAAAAUACAAGAAUCAGCCUUGUGUUGAUUCAUAAUAUAUUUAUAAAUAUGUAUGUAUGUGUAUAUAUAUAUAUAUGUGUGUGUAAAUAUAUAUAUAUAUAUAUAUAUAUAUAUAUAUAUAUAUAUAUAUAUAUAUAUAUAUAUAUAUAUAUAUAUAUAUAUAUAUAUAUAUAUAUGGGGGGGGGGGGGGCGUUGUAACCCUAACUCCAUUGCCGCUCUAGAAGCUACUCUGUUACAUUCAUGUUACGUUACCCACGCUACUCGAUAUACAGACCGUGUAUAGGCUUUAACGUUACCCUUCACAUUAGUGGAAGAGGGUCCGACACGAUUUGGUGCGCCGAAAAUAACGUCAGAAUAAUAAUUCGGAAAUAACGUUGUGUGUUGUUGUGCUUACAUAGUACGCCCCUUAUAUCAUUAGGAUCAUUAAUAUCAUUGAUAUUAAUGAUCAUGUGAAAUUUCAGUAGUGGCGCAAGUAAUUUAGCAGCACCGCUGCUGAAUGAAUGUAGGGGAAACAUUGCUGAUACACAGGAGUCCGAGGUAGAACUAUGUGAGAUAAAAACUUAUUUUUUUUUAGGUGUGGUGGCUUUUAUUGAGCCGCGGCGGUGCGCCACGAUCAAUUGCAUGUAGGGGAAAACCACUGGAGCAUGCACAGAAGUCUUCUCUGAAUUAAUAAUAAAGGACGCUGCAGGAGCUGGAUUUGUCAACAGAGCUAUCAAUCAGUCACCUUUAAAAUCAAAGAAACAGCUUUAAGUGAAUCUUAUCAGAAGAAUACACCUAAUUUAGAAUUAAAUAUACUAUCUGUAAUGACAGACUACAUUUGAAAAUCAUUUAUUUGUCACGCGCUUUGAUUUUAAAAUUGAUCAUUUGGUAACAUGGAGGACGCAGGUUUUAUGAGCUCUACCACAGCCAGUCUGCAGGGGGAGCUCUAAAUAUUAUGAUGUCACAUUCCUUUAACACUUGAGGUUUACAUUUUGAUGCACAGUCUGUACAAACUAAGUGAGGCUGUAUUACAGGAAAGUGUACCACUACAUGGAGUCAGAUUAUGUCUGUGACAGAGUCACAUACUCCCGGAACAAAUUACCAUCACACAUCAGAGACUGUGAUAACAACUUAACCUUUAAAGUCCAUAAUUGGCGGAUAUUUGUGUCCUCCUCUGACACCUGUUUCAGGGGACUCUAACCCUUUACUUGAACAGAAUAUAUCAUGUAGGUCUGUUGUUUGUGAUUAAAUUAAUGUGUCCUCUCUGUAUGUUUGUAAGGUUUCUGUCUGUGUUGUUUUGUGAACUGGCUAGUUGUAUUUCCUGUAGUUGUACCCUUGUUUUUUGUUUGUUUAAAUACUUGCCUUCUUCUGUGGAUGAAAUGGAGCUAUUGCACUAAAUCCAAUAUAUUUAUAUUUUAGCAUUUGAUUGAUAUUUUUUCUGAUGUAUGCUGUCCUAAUUUAGCAACUUCAUACAUAUGCAGUCAACCUUUUUUUGUCUUUAUGUAAUGUGCUUGUUUGCCACCCAGUGUGCGGCAGAGGAGAGGUAGUAAACCUCUUGGAGCAACCGUUACAUUAGAGAGGACCGGUAAUGAGUGGGCUGGAAACCGUGACAGCCGGUCUGCCGCAAGAAGGGGAGUGUGAGAGAAAGACUGAAUAAGAGGAGGGGGUUAAAUGUGGGAUAUGGUAGGAAAAAAAAACACGUUGCUGCGGCAGCCCAGUUUCACUAAGCAGAUGAGCGAAUGAGCAAGCAGGCACGUCUCGUCCAGACACCCACACUGCCUGGGCUGCUGUCCAAGGAGAUUAGCAAUAUAUUGUUACGUCUUUCUCUGUGUUUUAUACCGGGAGCAAGUUUGUUUUUAAAACCUUGUGUGUGUGUGUGUGUGUGUGUGUGUGUGUGUGUGUGUGUGUGUGUGUGUGUGUGUGUGUCAUGGAGAAAAAUAUUAGACCACCCUUGUUUUCUUCAAUUUCUUGUUCAUUUUAAUGCCUGGUACAACUAAAAGUGCAUUUGUUUGGACAAAUUUAAUGAUAACAAAAAUAGCUCAUAAGAGUUUAAUUUAAGAGCUGAUAUUGAGCUGUUUUCCAUGGUUUUCUUGAUAACCAAAAUCACUUGAGUUCUUACAUCAAUAGCUACGGCAUUGUUCUGCCAAAAACAAAGCUUUUAGUCGUUCCAUGUUUUCUCUUCUGUCUGUUGGUCACAUAAUACACAAAGGAGUUAGUACUUGAGUGGAUAACCACUGUUUUUGAUGACUGCAGCCAUAGGCGGUGCUCAGGCAUGAGGAAUGGGGAAACUACAGGACAAAAAAAGAAAAAAAAAAAGUAGUCUAUACCCAAAGGCAGAUACAUAUAAUAUUGAUUAAUAUAUCAUCAAACUGCGAUGCAGCAGAAUGAGAACGAUUUCUUUUAUUCUGUACUUGUUUUUUUUUUUUUUUUUCCUUUUCUGGUGUAGCCUAUAGUUAUGAAUCAAUCAAUGUUCUUACCUUAAUGAAUCAGCAUCCUUCAUGUGGCCUUUGUGUCAUAUUUCUCAACUAUUUACUCAAGUUUAAUCCUCUUAGUUAUGUCACUCUCGAUGUACAAAAGCCACAGAGAUGACAGUCUAUGCUGUGCCAUAUUUGUCUUCAUCCAGUUGCGCACGACAGUUCCGUGUGUUUAAUUAUUCCUUCUUAAUAUUUCUUUAGUCCCUGUCCCCAACAGUAAAAGCCAUCUGGUCACUAGCACUGCACAGAAACUGUCAACAUGGAAAACAGAAUAUGGCAUCUCCCUGCUUACUAUACUCAAGCUAUGAAUACGUCUUAAAAUACUAUGAGGUAAAAGCUCUCGUCUGUUUACCAAAAUCAGUUUUGGGGUACUCUGGUAAAAUCGACUGCGCAGGACCGCUACCCUUUGUCCCAAAAUCUGAUGGGCACAGAUGUCUGGAGGGAGGACAAUGGCUGGAGGAGGGAGGCAGCAGGUGUCUGGAGGGCUGCAGUCGCUGUCUGGAGGUAGGCCGAUGACUGGAGGGCUGUUGCUGGUAUCCGGGGGGAGGUAGCCGGCGUGAUGAUGGAGGCCAGUGGCUGGAGGACCAGAGUGUGGAGAGAGGCCACAGGUGUCUGGAAGACAGGGGCCAGAGCCGGGAAGGCAGCAGCCGGUCGUGGACGCAUCGUGAUCGGCUACAGUGCUGCUUCAGCUCAUAGCUUCCUUUUGAGUGGAAUUUUUGGACUCUUAUUUCCUUAAAUUUUGCUGGUCUGUUGUUGGUGACUUAAAUAGCAAGCAAGAAAAAGGCUAAGGUUAGCUUCUAUGCUGCGUUGUAGCUACAUCGUGUGUACGUAAUGACGCAGGAAACCAAUAAGAUAAAUUAAAAAAACAUCAACGUAAAUAAUACCUUAAAAAUUUGUUUUAAUGUGUUUCUCACCUCUUUCUAAGAUAGUAUUAAAAACAUUAUUUUACUAUUUUGUUUUAUUUUUUGUGACAAUUUAAAGCUUCCCCUAAAGUUUAACAGCUUGGCUCUCUGACAACAUAUCCAUGCUGUUCAACUUUUGGCUCCAAGCCUGGCAUGUGAACACUGGAGCAUGCUUAAAAUACUCAGGCCAGUUUCAGUUAAGCGUCCUUGUAUACACAACAGAGAAAAUCAACCCCCAACUUCAUUAUUUGGAUAUUUUAGUCUGACUAUGAGAAAUACUGUUAAGUGUGAUUUUAGUCAUAAUGAUGUGUUUCCAUGUUUUUAAAAUUCCUGUUUCAGUCAGACUAGGCAAUAAGUCUGUUUUUUUGGUCGUAUUCCUCCACUUUUUCAUCUUUGUCUUCCCCUCAUCACCAACGUCCUGCACUACCAUACUCCUUUUCCACCAGUUUCAGGCUGUCCAGGGCUUUGUCUCUCUCUCUCUACAUAUAUAUAUAUGCUGGCCACUGUAUUUAUGUAAUUACACUUUAUUCCCCUAAACACAUACCAUGUUGUAGUAAAUGUUCGAUGACAUUAGACAUGCUCCUCCUUUAUGUUAACAGUCUUUGCCCCACCUGUUGCCCUUAACUGCAUGAUAAUCCUUCAAAAUGAAGUUAAGCCAAACUCUUCACCACCAUGACCCUCCUCUUUCUUCUUUACUGACAUGUAAUGUCACAGUUGAGUGUCACUUGGGCUUGUUACUGAAAUAUUCAUGUUGCUGAGAGCUAGAAGAACCAUGACUGCUUCCCAUAAUCAACUUAUUAUUGACAUAGUAUUUGCGUAUCCUUAUUUUGAGCACAAUAUCAAGAUUUCAUAUUUGAAAAAGAAGAACAUUCUCAAUACAGGUAAUUGCAACAGACAUAUUUUCAUGUUAGAAGAAUGUAUAUGCAACACCACAAGAUAAUCUGCCAACAAUUGAUUUUUUUUUCCCUGUGAGACGAGAGAAACAGAUUUAUGAGGCCAAAAAGAAGCUCUUUACUGUUAAACAUGUUGAAUCUACUGUAUAAUAUAACUUUCUCUAAACAGACAGUUUUAGAGAUGUUUGUUCAAUUAAAAGGAUUCUUUAUCCUGAUUAAUGAAACAGGAAAUGAGCCCUGAAGCUGGCUGCUAAUGAAAUGUUAAUCCCUUGAAUUACACAGUCCUCCUGCUCAUUUGACACAGGUGUUUGAUGUUUGAAUGAAUGCAUGCACAUAGAGAUGUUUUUUGAUCCCUGAUCAUUAUGUCAGGGUUGAAUGUUGUCCUGGUUUUUAUACCUAAGUCUAGCCGCUUUUCCCUGUCUACCAACUGCAGAGGACAAGUUGCCAUGGCAUCGAUGAAAAGCUUCAGGUCUUUCUCUUGUCACAUUUUGUUCAAAGACAGACUGAGCUCUGUAACCCCUCCACUGCUCAGUCUGUCAGUGUGGACAGAUCCACUGUGAUUCUCUUUUGACCUGUGACUGAGACACUGUGUCUCUGCUGCAGAGCCGACCACCACAGGACAAACUGACACAUCAGAUAAAAGUAGACUCAGUGGUCAUAAUUGACAGAUCUUUGGCAGGCUGAAAUACAACAGUAGCUGCUUUUUUUCAAUCUCCUUGUUUUUAGGCAGCUUGAAUAGCUCACAGGAUAAUUGGAUACCAUCUUUUAUCAUAAAAGCUGGAAGCUGAAUCUUGACAUGGAUCUGUUUGACAGUUAGACCAUUUCCACUUUUGUUUUACCUCUUCUUUUUGGUUGUAUCAGUGUUUGUUGUGUAGUGUAAUGAGCCACAUGUUACACUCCAUAUACGGCUGUAAAGCAGACCAGCAUCUACGUCAGGAGUGUUUGUGCAGCUUCACCAAUGGUGUGUGAAAUAUGCUCUGUGGUGUCUACACAUGUACUUUAUGUUAGAGGUAGCUGAUGGGGAGGCUCUGUGAUUCUUCUUUGACUGGUGGGAAUGUACAAACUGCUGUGAACCAGGCUGAGUGAUGCCCUUUGACCUGAAGGCAUCAGUGGGUUACGGCAUUUGUGGAUAGUCAUGGUAUAUCACUGUGCUUUUUCUCUUGAGUUCUGAGAGUGACAUCAUUCCAGAAAGAUGGUUAUUUUGUCACUAAAAUGACCAUCCUAAUGUUUGCCUCUUAGUAACCCAGCACUUACAACUGUUAUAAGAACGAAAAUGUGCCUAAAUUUAUCUUCAAACAGCAAAAUCUUCACACCGUGUUACUAUUUCUGGACGGCCACAACACCUCAUGUUUUCAGUCUGAGCUGUUAGAGGGGCCCCUCUCAAGGGGGUUUUCAAAUGAAAUGCAUGAAGAGUAAUCACAGAUUUUAGUACUAGGUAAUAUUUCAGAGUGGCCAAACUGGUGGACUGACUUACUCACAGAGUGACAUGGCUGUUUCCAGAGCCACGUGGCUAAAAUAGCUAAAAACACAGAUGAUUGAGGAAGGGUCCUUGUGGAGGUAAAACUCACCUGCCUGCUGGCAUCAUAUAAAAAUCUGUGCCAUUUUCUCAGUGAAGACUUCCAUACUCCUGGUCUCUGGGCCCUUCACUGAGGGCUGCUCGAUUGUGACUGACAUUAAUAUCAUCACCAAUAAAAACAAUAACCCAUGAUUUGAUAUCUGCAUCACACUCACUAAACUAAAACCUCUUUAACACAAUAAAGGAAGUCAGCAGUUCAGCCUUUCUUUAAUGUUUACCAAAGCAUGUCUGUGAUUUAAAAAUUCAUCCAGGAUUUAAAACGUCCAGGCUGCAGAUUGAACAAAUUAUUUAGUCUUUUCAAGCUUUUACAUAAUUUCCUUUAUAACCUCAAGACUUUUAUUUUAUUAUGAUUAAGAAUUGUAGCAAUCAAGACAACCCUGGAUGUGAAACCCACACAUUCCUUACAGGAAAGUUUCCUUAUCUGGUCCUAGGAAACAGGAUAUAAAUCUUUCCAGACGUGUUUGCCCUUUCAGGUUAAAUAAGUGACCCAACCGGAGGUUGACUAAACCUCUGACUCUUCAGGAUUGGUCAGUUCGGCGAACAGAGACAGAGUUUUUAUUACCUUUCAAACUGACUCCAUUUGCUGACCAUCUAAAUAAACAUUAACCUUAACCCAGAUCUCCCAUUUGAGAUUAAGCGUCUUAAAGUGUGUGAACAUACGGACCCCAGGAUAAGGGGGGACACUGACCUCCAGACCUCGGUCGUAAAACCCUGCUCGACCAUACACUGAUAAAGACUGCAUUCCUUUGGUGAAAGAAUACAAAUGACUGAUCAUGACAUCUUAUGCAUUCAGCAAUGUACUAAUCUGUCUAAUCAUGAAAUUUGUGUUAAAAUGAGAUGUUUCCCGUUUUUCUAUGUGCUACAGAAGCCAAGUUAUCUUAUCUGACAGAAUAAAUCCUUAUUCUUUAGUUCUUUAGACCAACAGCUUUUCAGACUGUUUCAUGAACUUUUAAGAGUUAAAUUUAUUGACUAUGAAUCCUAAGUUUACUCUAAGUAACAGAAAUAGUUUAGAAAUGUUUGGUUUAUAUUUUAGUUAUUUAUUUAGUAUCUUAACCAUUAGGUGGUUAUAAUGUCACUGAAUAAUCUGAAUGUGAGUAUUUAGAAUCCAUUAUUAAUCAUGAUGACGUUCAUUCACAUGUGUUUACUCUUUUGUUGUUCACAGUUUCUAUGUGUUACUAUCUGUUUCAUUUCAGAGUAAUUUAGCAUGUUCAAUGUGAUACUUAAAACAUAAUGAGAAUGUUUGAUGUGAUCCUACACUUCAUUCAUAUGUGUUUAGUAUCAAAUUAUUUAUCAUGAAACCAAGCAUUCAAUGAUAUUAAUCAUAGUGAGUGAGUAUCAGAUCUGACUCUUUUACCAGCCAAAAGAAUAAGUUAGAUCAAAUAAUCAGAGACCCGAUGACCCCUCCUCUUUCUCCUCAGACACACCCAGUGUGAGAAGAUAAAACCAGUGAAGUGGGGUUGCUCACUCGCUUAUUCUCUCUUAUCUCUCUUAUGCUCCUCUUAUUCCUCUUAUGCUUCUGCUCUUCUGCUGACUCUCUUGUCCCCGGCUCUUAUGCCCCUUCUCUUCUGUCCACACCCUUCUGUGGUGCGUUUCUUUGUUUUCUCUUAGAACUUUUUCUUAGUCUUCUAAGUUUUACGCCACGUGUUGAUUCACGUUGAUUUUUCUUUAACAUCGUCUUAGUUCAAGUUUUGAAACUUCAACUUUUUGUGCACAUAGCAAUUCAAGAUUAAGCCUUUGAUUGAUUUUUCUUUAAUUUCGCGAAGCCAUUUUUGAAAGUUUUCUCUGCUCUUCGAGCCUCGUUUUUCUGAGUUUUCUGCGUGAUUUCAAAGUCACCUCCGAACGCAAUCCAACAGGCCCAGGUCAUCCUCUGUGCCAGAGUUUUUGAGUGAGACCAAAGAAGUACCCAAACGAGCAUCCACAGGAUCCACAGGCGCUGGCUUUGCUUCGGGCCCGAGUGCUGCAACUCCUGGCUCAUCCUUCGGCUGACUUCAGUCGUCUUCUGAGCUGAACCGCUCGAACCGCCAGUAGCCCCGGACCUUCGGAACCUGCUCCAUCUUCUUCAAGGACCAGUCUCACUUAAGUAUGCAAACCUCCAGAGCUCCAGACAGGGCUGAUGCUGUCUCACGCGUUCAUAACUCAGAUAUCCACCUAUUUCUGGUGAUCUUAGAUUCCUCCAAAUCUACACCCGAGUUUAUCUCGACACCAAAGUUAGUGUAGGUUAAUAUGUUAGCGCAUAUUCACUCACUAUCAUUAACUUUAGUGCUCCUAGCCUGACUCAGAAUCUUUAUUUAUUCACCUAUUAUUAUUUUAUCUUCAUUAUCUUAUCAUCAUUUAUUGCAUGUGUGUUGUACCAUCAUUUAUCCUGUAAUAAACAGAUCAUUAUUUUUCUAAGUUCUGGUCUGUUAGUGUUCUUCCAGAAGUGGAGUCCCUGAAAUUAGAAUUUCGACUUAAGAUAUGAGACUGAUCAAUUAAGACUGAUUAAUUAAGACUGACUUGAUGUUUGAUUUCUGAAUUAAACUUUUGUUUUCUUUAUUUUCCCACCAUUAAGGGUGGGUGGUGCCCCUUUCAACGAGUGCAUAAAUGUCAUAAUUUGAGAUUAUUAAUCUUCAGACAUUUAUUAUAAAUUCCAAUCGCCAAGUAUUAUUUUGGUGCGGCCUUGUGAGGCUCAUUUCAAAUCGCUACAUAUAUUUUGGUGCCCCUGCGUGAGGCGUUUCAAACAAAACUUCUGGAUACUAACAGACAACCUAAAACUUAGCCUUCCAAAUUGAUGAGAGAAACUUAUUUCCAGGCUAUUUUGACUUAAUCACAAUCAAUGCUAUGCUUGCUGAAGUUGCUUGACUAAGUUCUGAUGUUUUCAUGAUCUAUGCAUAAAACCUUUAUGCUCUGUGUUUCACACACUCUUGUACUACAUGCCUGUAGUCUGUGUUUGAGCUGGACAGCGUGAAAUGUUGUUCUGAGUAGCAGUGAGACUGACUCCUCUGCUCUGUCUAGACUGUCCAAUAUUUAAGUGCACGAUUGUUGCGUCGCCGUACGCUUGUAUUUAAGGCCUUUGGCUGAACCCAGUGUUCGCGAUGCUCCGAGCUGUGGUUUCAAGCCCCUGAAGUCUCUGUAGUCUGCUACGAGGUUCUAGUAACUAUAUGGGAUUCAGAUUUCCUCCUUUCCCCUGACAGAUUAGCUACUUGUCACAGGAAACCACUGUAACAGUGGGAGGUUGUUGUUUGAGUGAAUUCAGACAAAAUUUGUGAUCACAAAUCGCCGCAUUUGUGAUUUUUAAGUUUGCAGUUGAAUCUGCUGUUGAGGGAUUUGUCACUUUGAUUCUUGUCUCUAUAGUCUGCUAUGAAGUUCUAGUAACUAUAUGGGAUUUAGAUUUCCUCCUUUCCCCUGACAGAUAAGCUAUCUGUCACAGGAAACCACUGUAACAGUGGGAGGUUGUUGUUUGAAUGAAUUCAGACAAAAUCCGUGAUCACGAAUCGCCGCAUUUGUGAUCUUAAAGUCUGCAGUUGAAUCUGCUGUUUAAGGAUUUGUCACUUUGAUUCUUGUUCCUGUAAAUGAUUCUAUUGAACCAAUCUGCCUGAGCAGAUGGUGGAAAGUUCUAUGUUUGAGGGUGCAGACGUAGCCUGCUGUGAAAUGUUAACCCUUUGUUGUCAGUGGAGAGACUGACCUUUUGGCCUUAAGCAGAUAAGGCCCUUCAAGGAGGCAGAGCCUAAAGGCCCCUUCCUUCAGACUUCCCAACACCACACAGCCACAAGAGGCUAGUUGGAUGACUGUCUCCUCUUCUCUUCUUCUUCUCCACUAGUGUUGAGCUUGUGCAGUUCUCCCAACUCCAUACUGCCCCACAUGGUUGCUUUUGGUAUUGAGCUAACACUGUUAUCUGCCUGCAGUAUCAGCCAGCUGUACUGCCUCUCUGUAGUCAGUGUGUAUCACUCUACAGACAUAAUUCAAGUGAUUGACUUGGUUGAUGAAGUUUGAUGUGCUUAUUCUAAAUCAUUGAUCACUGAUUUUUGAUUUUUAUCUUUGUUAUAAGAGCCUACAUAAUGCAUUGAUAAAGUAACUCCUUGAAUCAAUCACCUGAUCUGUUGUUACUUAUCACACCAUUGAGCAGUUUUACUGUUCCCUAUAAUACAUGAAUGUAUUAACCCUCCUCAUAAGAUUAAUUAAUUAAUGCACAAAUUAAUUAAUAUUUGAAAUUUAUUUUAACACUCCAGAUGGAUUUGGUAGUUGAACCUUUGGAUUCAUUGCAAUUUGUGAAUUAAUUUCAGAGUUAAUUCCUUAAAUUGACAAUUUCAUCGAUUUUUCCAAUUCAUCCAACUGCACCAGGCAGUUUAUUUAAGCUUUGCUGAUCUCUGCAACACGGAGACAAAUUGAACCCUUUAUUCAAUGGUUCUGUAUCUGAUGUUAAAUUUAAUUUAACAUUAUUUCACCUUGUUUUUCUUUCAAUUUUCAUUGAAAUGAAGUUAACUUUAUGUUAUUUUUCUCUCCAUUAGAUAUCUACUCAGAUAGGCUCUUCCUCUUUAUCAAGCACUGAUAAAUUAAGUCGAUUAACCCACUUAAUUUGAUAUUGUGCUUCUUCCUUUCAAUUUAAGUCAACUCAAACUCAUCAACCAACCAGCUGCACCUCUUUACCAAAACCAAACAUGCCUAACACAAAAGAGUCCAGCCAGGGAGACCCCCUGAGGGACAUACACACAGUGUUGGCAAACUUGACUAGUCAGCUGAUACCUCAGUACAUGACUAAGAUUCAAAAGGCCAAACCCUCCAAUCCGGAGGAUGAAAUGGCUGACCUACUGGAAACAGCCUUAACCACGGCACUUCGUGACAAAGAGCUCACUAGAUGCAUGUCUGUCGUGAUGUCUUCUCAGCUUGAGUAUAAAGACUACUUGCUGGAAUGCGCUUUAGCAAAGAUAAAGGCGCAAAAGGACGAAAACAGCGCACUGGAAAAGACGCUAGAGGAGACUAAGAAGUCUCUAAGUGUUUUAGAAAAACACAGUGCCAGAUGUGAAGCGUCAAAGCUUCCCUCACUGAUAAGUCAUGAAGAAAAUCUUGAUCUCAAAGACAAGAUGGAAAGACUUAAUGAAACCCUUUACAAAAAGGAGAAAGAACUUGAUGACACGAAUAAGCAGCUUGCUAAGACCACAGAGGAUCUGAUACAGUCAGAAUCCCUACUAGAGCAAGCAACAGAAGAUGUAAAAACUUUGAAAGCACUGGUCAAAGUGCGUGCUGAAGCUCUUGAAGUUAAGGAGAAGCAAACUUCUACCCUACAGCACCAGCUCCAGAUAGCUCAAAGACAGUUAAUUCUUUGUCAAGAACGGCAAGAAAAGACAGACAAAGAACUUGAAGAUGCCCAAAGAGAGUUACAAUGCUCCCUCCAGUCAGGUCGAGCCCAAAGAGAACGCAUGGAGCAAACGUUUCUUGAAGAAAUGAUAGGUGAUCAGCCUCCUGAGAGAGCGCCAUCACUUCCUUCCAAACCAACUCUUAAGUAUUUCUCUCAGCAUCAUGACAGGACCCUGCUUGACCCUGAGAGGUCAUCCUUAAAGCAACAGUCCUACUCUCCUCCUCAUGAUGGUUUCUUGCCAUUUCCCUCAGACAGGGAUCUUGACAAAAUUGCUCGCAACAUAGCACGCUUUGAACCUGAGCACCAAGCUGCUAUUGACACCUGCACCUACUUGAAAGACAUUGACUUUUACCUGAGGAAAUUUCCAGGUGCAACCAUUGAUGACAAAAUCUACCUUAUUAAGGCAACGUCAAGUCGAGAGGUUAGCAGUUUCCUUGAACGACAGCCUUAUCAUGUCAGAAAUAAUUAUGACUUGCUCUGCCAAGCAUUAAUUGAAGAGUUUUCUGAUCAUUUGACCCAGACAGGCCUCUCUGCUGCUCUGUCUAUUAAACAAGGGAGAUCAGAACCUCCCCAACAGUAUUACAACCGCUUACGCGAAGCUUACUUUGGUUUCCGAAAUGAACCAGAAAUGGAGGAGGACUUGAACUUCAAAACGCUGUUCGUCCAGAACCUCCACCCUACCACCAGUCAUCACCUUGGCGUCUUAGCUUGUCCAAACACUUUGACUAGCCAACAGCUUCGUGAACUUGCUGUAAAAGGUUUUGCCAAACAACGACAAACUUUGGCUAAGAAAGCAGAGCCCGUUACUCUCUUGGCUAUGGAGACAAAAUCACUGCCCGUGGAGCUGAACGAAGCUUCAGACUGUGUAUUUUCAGGCUCCGAUAAGCCUCCAAAUGAGUGGUUAACCAGGCCUCCAAAACCUUUUCGACCUCAACACAUUCACAAAGGUCAAAGUUACACACCAAGGCCCGGGUCUGACACAGACCAAUGCCAGGUAAACUUUGAGACCAACUGUUGUUAUUCAGACUCCCGUCACGGUGGGUUUUAUCCCAGACAAAGGAAAAACCAUCAACACCGCCAAAGGGGGGUGAAUGACUGGCAGAAUCAGAGUAAAUCACACUCUCAGAAACGACGAUCUUAUUAUCCACCUCAAUCGGUUUCAUCCACUUCGAAGGUGAAUAAACAUGACAACUCAGCUAACCACUGAGAUUAACACUGCGGAGUCAUGAAGGUGUGAGUCCUGCGAAAGCAGAAGUCACCCAGCCAAAGCUGAAUGACUCCAAUAAGCUAUCCAAAUGCUGUGGUGAUACAUUGAUGACUGCAAUCCCAGUUGCUGCUUUCUUUGUUAGCAUUUGUCUCUCCUCUGUCAAUAUGGUCAGCUUGUCAGCUGUCAAAUAUCCCAUGAACAGAUUAAAAGCUGAAAUUUCUGUUAUUAAGACUCAGAUUGACAAAUUUCAGACUCAACAGCAGAUAAUUAGUCAAACCGAUAAGAGCAUCAUCCCCAAGUUUAACAGACAAAGUUUAAGAGAAACUCUGUGCAGUAAACUUUUGAUGUUUGUGAUUCAGGUUGACUAUGCUCAUACACAGAUGGUUAAUAUGUCUAUAGCAGACAUUUCUUUUCCACCUAAGUCUUAACCAUUUUUGAAACUGAAAUUGAACUUUCAGACUUCUCCAGCAAGCAUGAAAAACAGCUAUAGCUUUAGAUCCAGUUAGCAUUCAGACUAAAGAGUGCUUUUCUAAAUCUCAUUAAUACUGAAAAUUAGGAGAUUUUCUUUCACAUUAGUCUACCAAUAGUUAACUGAGAAAAGUCUAACACCUAGACGAUUUUAUUUGAUAGCUUAAUGCAUGCUUGAUGUUAUCUUAAAGCAGAUACUAGUGAUUCACAUAGUGAUAAUGAGACGCAUCAGUCCUAUUUGCAUACACCUGCUGCUGCUGCUGCUGCUUCAUGGUUGUCUACUCGUCGUCCCGAUGCUCCAUGGACAGGACCACCGUGACGAAGGGGGGACUGUAGCAAUCAAGACAACCCUGGAUGUGAAACCCACACAUUCCUUACAGGAAAGUUUCCUUAUCUGGUCCUAGGAAACAGGAUAUAAAUCUUUCCAGACGUGUUUGCCCUUUCAGGUUAAAUAAGUGACCCAACCGGAGGUUGACUAAACCUCUGACUCUUCAGGAUUGGUCAGUUCGGCGAACAGAGACAGAGUUUUUAUUACCUUUCAAACUGACUCCAUUUGCUGACCAUCUAAAUAAACAUUAACCUUAACCCAGAUCUCCCAUUUGAGAUUAAGCGUCUUAAAGUGUGUGAACAUACGGACCCCAGGAUAAGGGGGGACACUGACCUCCAGACCUCGGUCGUAAAACCCUGCUCGACCAUACACUGAUAAAGACUGCAUUCCUUUGGUGAAAGAAUACAAAUGACUGAUCAUGACAUCUUAUGCAUUCAGCAAUGUACUAAUCUGUCUAAUCAUGAAAUUUGUGUUAAAAUGAGAUGUUUCCCGUUUUUCUAUGUGCUACAGAAGCCAAGUUAUCUUAUCUGACAGAAUAAAUCCUUAUUCUUUAGUUCUUUAGACCAACAGCUUUUCAGACUGUUUCAUGAACUUUUAAGAGUUAAAUUUAUUGACUAUGAAUCCUAAGUUUACUCUAAGUAACAGAAAUAGUUUAGAAAUGUUUGGUUUAUAUUUUAGUUAUUUAUUUAGUAUCUUAACCAUUAGGUGGUUAUAAUGUCACUGAAUAAUCUGAAUGUGAGUAUUUAGAAUCCAUUAUUAAUCAUGAUGACGUUCAUUCACAUGUGUUUACUCUUUUGUUGUUCACAGUUUCUAUGUGUUACUAUCUGUUUCAUUUCAGAGUAAUUUAGCAUGUUCAAUGUGAUACUUAAAACAUAAUGAGAAUGUUUGAUGUGAUCCUACACUUCAUUCAUAUGUGUUUAGUAUCAAAUUAUUUAUCAUGAAACCAAGCAUUCAAUGAUAUUAAUCAUAGUGAGUGAGUAUCAGAUCUGACUCUUUUACCAGCCAAAAGAAUAAGUUAGAUCAAAUAAUCAGAGACCCGAUGACCCCUCCUCUUUCUCCUCAGACACACCCAGUGUGAGAAGAUAAAACCAGUGAAGUGGGGUUGCUCACUCGCUUAUUCUCUCUUAUCUCUCUUAUGCUCCUCUUAUUCCUCUUAUGCUUCUGCUCUUCUGCUGACUCUCUUGUCCCCGGCUCUUAUGCCCCUUCUCUUCUGUCCACACCCUUCUGUGGUGCGUUUCUUUGUUUUCUCUUAGAACUUUUUCUUAGUCUUCUAAGUUUUACGCCACGUGUUGAUUCACGUUGAUUUUUCUUUAACAUCGUCUUAGUUCAAGUUUUGAAACUUCAACUUUUUGUGCACAUAGCAAUUCAAGAUUAAGCCUUUGAUUGAUUUUUCUUUAAUUUCGCGAAGCCAUUUUUGAAAGUUUUCUCUGCUCUUCGAGCCUCGUUUUUCUGAGUUUUCUGCGUGAUUUCAAAGUCACCUCCGAACGCAAUCCAACAGGCCCAGGUCAUCCUCUGUGCCAGAGUUUUUGAGUGAGACCAAAGAAGUACCCAAACGAGCAUCCACAGGAUCCACAGGCGCUGGCUUUGCUUCGGGCCCGAGUGCUGCAACUCCUGGCUCAUCCUUCGGCUGACUUCAGUCGUCUUCUGAGCUGAACCGCUCGAACCGCCAGUAGCCCCGGACCUUCGGAACCUGCUCCAUCUUCUUCAAGGACCAGUCUCACUUAAGUAUGCAAACCUCCAGAGCUCCAGACAGGGCUGAUGCUGUCUCACGCGUUCAUAACUCAGAUAUCCACCUAUUUCUGGUGAUCUUAGAUUCCUCCAAAUCUACACCCGAGUUUAUCUCGACACCAAAGUUAGUGUAGGUUAAUAUGUUAGCGCAUAUUCACUCACUAUCAUUAACUUUAGUGCUCCUAGCCUGACUCAGAAUCUUUAUUUAUUCACCUAUUAUUAUUUUAUCUUCAUUAUCUUAUCAUCAUUUAUUGCAUGUGUGUUGUACCAUCAUUUAUCCUGUAAUAAACAGAUCAUUAUUUUUCUAAGUUCUGGUCUGUUAGUGUUCUUCCAGAAGUGGAGUCCCUGAAAUUAGAAUUUCGACUUAAGAUAUGAGACUGAUCAAUUAAGACUGAUUAAUUAAGACUGACUUGAUGUUUGAUUUCUGAAUUAAACUUUUGUUUUCUUUAUUUUCCCACCAUUAAGGGUGGGUGGUGCCCCUUUCAACGAGUGCAUAAAUGUCAUAAUUUGAGAUUAUUAAUCUUCAGACAUUUAUUAUAAAUUCCAAUCGCCAAGUAUUAUUUUGGUGCGGCCUUGUGAGGCUCAUUUCAAAUCGCUACAGAAUAGACUCCCCUUGUUUCCAUUCAGUUCCAAAGUACAAUUUACCAGAAGUAACUUCACUUCAGAAUAACAGCCUAACAAACAAAAUAAAAACAUGCAAUGAGGCAGCAUCUGCUCCAACACAAAGAAGACAUUUCAGUAACACAGCUAGUGAUGUGAAUAGCUCAUAAACUUAAACAUAACUAGAAAAAGAUAAUGUCAUGAUGUAAGUAAACUGUUUAUUCAUAUUUUUAUUAUUUUAAAUUUGUAAUGUUUCUGAACCUAUAAACUCCAACCUUUUUUCCUUUUCCAGUGUUGUUUUCGUCAACCAUGACGUUGACGAAAAUAUUUUCGUCAACGUCAUCGUCAACGAAAACAAAACUGCAUGUGUGUGCGCGCCCGUGUGUGUGUGUGUCUGUGUGUUGGAGGAGCACAGCAGGCUGAUGAGAGCUGUCAGAGCGGACUGAAGCUGCUCCUAUAUGUUUAGCGUUUAACUGACUGAGUUUUGCAACUCUGUUCGUCGUUUUCGUCUCGUCCCAUCAACGUAAACGCACUUUCGUCUCAUCACAUUUUAGUCAUCUCCGACUUAUGUUUAGCUCGUCAACGUUACGUCUUUGUCGUGGAAGAAAAGGGAAAUAUUUUCGUCAACGAAAACAACCAGUGUUGUUCUCGUUGACGAAAAUAUUUCCCCUUUUUGACGCUGGCGUUGACGAAAAUAUUUGACGAAAUAUGACGAAAACAACACUGUCCUUUUCUCAAAUUUUCUUACUGCAUUGUUUUAAAUGUAAAUUUUGUUAUAAUUAUUGAGAUAAUAUCUUAAACCUGAUGUUUUAUGGCCCUGAUCAUCCAGAAGAGAAAAAAUCUGAUAUUGGGACAACCCAAAUUCAGGAGGUAUGUGUCACUUUUCAGCCAAGCAGUCCUGAGCUCGUUCACACUCGCCUGAACUCAUGAUCACUACAGCCAGAUAAUGCUAGCUCCUCUUCCUGCUCUCUUCUCACAUCUUCCUGCUCCUCUGCCUGCUCUCCUCCUGCCUAUUCCUGCUUAUCUCCCUCCUGCUCCUCUCCCUGCUUUCCUCUCUCAUCCUCCUGCUCCUCUGCCUGUUCUCUUCUCUCCUCCUCCUGCUUCUCUUCCUGCCCUCCUAUCUCUCUUUCUGCUCCUCUCCCUGCUCUCCUCUCUCCUCCUCCUGCACAUGCUCUGCUGUUAUAAAAGAGAGGCAGAGAGGGUGAGCUUCAUUCAAUCUAUGAUUCAUCAGGACCAGCUUCACAUUUUUGGGGGCAGAUCCAUGACAUGUGUAUGUACCCUUGUUAAAAGUCAUUAUGGAGUUUACCCAUAAUUCUUUGUUUUCAGCUACUGCAACACAAGUUAGCUUUUCCAUCAUCUUCCCUCCACAGGUAUCCAGCUCAGAGACUGCUGCAGAGAAAAAAGUACUCAGUAAGAGCUGGUCAUGUUGCUUGGUCGUGUUGCUUGGCAUUUCAAAGGAAUACCAAGAACUAAAUGGUAAUUAUAAAGAAAUGACUCAGAUCAACAGUGGACUAGCAUCCUCUAUUCUUGAAAAGAUUUAAACAUCAUUAUUUGUCUUCAUUCACGGCCUGUUGUCAUGUCAGCAAGGAAGAUUCAAGCUAGGUACCUGUCAUGACGGUUCACAGUAAACUGAUGGUUAUCUCAGCAUUCACACACACUUUUUACACAGUCAGAUUCUGUGAUAUUUGGUCAGAUGUAGAUGUAUCAGUGUUAUUUAAAAGAAUACACUCAGCGCUGUCUUUUUUAUUGCUUGAUUUAUAACAUAAUUAUCAACAAAGACUGGUUUUAGCAUGCAGAUAGAGCUCUGCUGGCCUUUACUUACGUUUAGUUUAAAGGCAUUUGUUUUGACCAAAAAUGAGCUAAAAGUUUUUUUUUCCAUCUGUGUCUCCUACUCGAUCUAAAUAUAGAGGACUCAAGGACCAUGCCUAAUUCCAGUGAUUCCUGGUCUGUGAGGCUAUUUUUCUGUGACAAGAGCAGCCAUGAUGUUUCCUGGCAGAUGGGGAAAACUUGAAUUCAUAUGACAUCUGCUGCUUGGCAUGUGUGCCGCUGCUGUUUGAUGGAAAUGGAGUGAAGAUUGGUGUUUUAGUGUCUGCUGUGUGUAUUGUAGUGAGAGGGCAAAGCCUGAAAACUGGAGUUUUACAGCUUCACUUUUUGCCAAGGAGAAAAUGUUUGAAAAUCCACAGGGACUGACAGGGGACUCAAUCCAGACAGAUCAACAGGCAGAAUCAAUCAAAUGUUAUCAAAGUAGGUAAUAUGAGCAAGAAAAAGGAAUUCUCCAUGUCAACCACAACAAUUUCAUUACAUGUGUUAUUCCCUUCACUGCUCUGCUGAGGCGGGUCUUUUAAGGUCAGCUGAUCAUAAAUACAGCUUCUGAUUGGUUGAUGGACCAAAACAAAGAUGGCAGUCCUCUAUUAGCAACAACAGAAAUCCCACUGUACUAAAUUUAAUCCAAAAAUCAUCUCAGAUUAUAUUUGUUUGAUAAGGGAUUGGAUUUGAACGCUCUCUGGUUUUCUCUGCUGUUUGGAAAAAACCCUGGAUAUCACAGAAACACAACUGUCAGUGCUCUCACCCAAAUAUAAUAACUCUCACAAAUCUGUUCAUUGAAAGUCAUUGGAGUAUCGGGAAGAGUUGGUGCAGUACAGUUGACAUAGUGAUUUCCAUGAACUCCAGUGACUAUAUGAUACCCAUGUAGAUUGAGGACCAAAGGGGCCUGUUUUUUUCUUCAGGUUCAGUAAGACUAGAUGGAAAAUCUGUUCACAUGUUAAACUAAAUCUCUCACUGCAUAACAACACAAUCAAUAUUUCUGGACUCAUGCAGACCAUGUUUGUACCCAGCUAGCCAGCUUUAUUUGUCAUAGUUAAUCUAGCUCCCCUCAGGUUACGGCUUGCGUGGUGAGGCUCUAGUUUGGUGUUGUAGGGUCUAACUGAGUGCACCAUGCUGUUUUUUUAUCUAGGGUUAUAUUUCACCAUGAUUUUGAGAUGAACCAGAGGGGGUCAAGUGUGAGUUUCACAUAGUUCACAGGCCCCAAAAUCCCUCUAAAUACAGGUCAUUACAACAUACACACUGUGCUGCAUAAAUCAGGGACAAAUAUGUGUCACUCUAAGUCUAAAGAUGAACGGCCUGAGCAUUGUUUCCUUUUUUAUACACUCACACACUCUCAGACUAAGGGACAGCUGCAGCUCGUCUUGUAAAGAGACCCACUUCACAGAACAAGGGCCGGCUGCCUCACACACUCUCUCACUCCAGGUCACUUAUCGUCAGUUCAAUAUCAAAACUUCCCAGAGAAGACGCCCAAUUAUAUUCAAGCAUUUUUUUUUUUUAAGAGGAAUGUUUGAUUAUGAAACAAGUGAGAGCCAUGAAACUGAACUUUUUAGUCACGGAGAAGAAACUUCAUGUUCAUUCUACUCUAAUUCACAAGCAUACAAGCACUAACAAGCUAACGACUGCUGGCCUAAAAAGUGAGAGACAUCAUUCUGAAUCAUAAUAGAAUAAAAGCUGAAGUCUUGACAUUAUAAUGGAGGUUAUAUAAAAGCUUGAAAAGGCUGAAUUAUCUGUUCAAUCUGCAGCCUGUGUGAGCCAGUGGACGGCAGAUAAUAAUGUUAACCAUGUACAAACUGGCCUCUGCUGCUGCUGCUGAGCUUGAACAGAAAAGUUCAGAACUUUUCAAUUUGAUUCAAAGUCGUAGAAAUUCAGCAUUGCACCUCUGACGUCAAUCCUCUCUGGGUCUGUGUACACUCAGUAUGUAUGUAUUCAAUAGGUGUGUGUAGUGAGUGUCAGUAAUAGUGAGCAGAGGGCGAGAGAGUGACUCAUAGGAGAGGAGGUGAUGUACCUUUUUCUGACUCCCAUCGUGCUGCUUUCUGAUAAGAGAGGUACUGACUGAGGCAGUGGGCUCUGGUUAAUCCUGGUUCAGUGCAUCGAGCCUGCAUGCUGUUGGUUGUGGAGAACAAUGAGCAGGACAGGUUGGUCAUCCAUCUCUUCUUCUGGCAUCUGUUUACAGAUCCUGAAUCACCAAGACAGAGUGGGUUGUAAUCUUGUUGAGUAAUCCGAGAUACUGGGCAGAUUAUAUAACAAUCCUUUCCCUUCCCAAGUUCUUCUUUCUUAGCAUCCCACCUUCCCAGCUAUAAAUGAGAUUAAGAUUGAUGAGAGUAAGUCCACAGACUUUUUGAUGGGAAAUCUGAACCAUCAGAGGUUGAAUUUUGUCUCUUUCUGUCUAGUCUGACCACUUAACGCUCUUUUACAUCAAAUGUCACAGUCACUGACGGCAGAGGCUGAAAGAUAUAUAUAUAUACAGUCCAUCAGUUUUACAGCCAGCGGGUGUGGUCAAGUGUCAGCCAAGUGAUCGAACCCCCAACCUUCUGAUUAGGAAAUGUGCGACUCUACCUUUGAGUCACAGCCACCCCAGAUUUUUUGGAUGCAUGUAAACGCACUAACUGACAGUGUUGACAGGGUCUAUAUUGGGCUCAGAUACCAACUGCUGAGCUACUGCUGCAGGAACAAUGGUGAAGAUUUGUCUCUGCAAGGAGACAGUUUCCAUUUAUUGGUCCAUAUGCACUCAAAUGCAUCUGACCGAUCGAAGAAGAGAAAAGAUGUGGUUGGCUGUCAAUAUGUUUACAUGCAUAGUUAAGUUUAGUUUCAGUUAAAGCUUAAUUAGGUGAUUUUACUGGACGACACUCCUUGUGCCAACAAGCACCAGGAGACAAUCUGUUUGCCCACUUUCAGCUACAGUAAAUUAGGGCUGCAACGAUUAGUCGACGUAAUCGAUUACGUCGAUGCAACAAAAUUAUCGACACGAAAAAGAAGCGUUGACGCGUCGUGUUAUUGUUGUUAAGAAUCACAUGCCAGCGCCCCAUGCUCAUCUAUAACUGCAGUGCACUACAGGAUGUGCUGGGGGCAGUAGCGCUCUCUUUUUACGUCCCGCGAGCAAACACAGAAGAAGAGUGCACACAUUAUGGCAGAACAAACUGAAAAAGACGCUCCAAAACUCCGACCCAAAACUUCAAAAGUUUGGGAACAUUUUACGGAGAACAAACCAAAAAAACACGUUGAUCAGCUUUCCUACCAUGGAAGCACCACCGCGAUGCACGAGCACCUGAAACACCGACACCCCGGAAAUAGGUGUUUAUAAAUAAAGUAGAUAGUGAUUAAUCGUGAUUAAUCGGAGGACUAGUCGAUAGAUUAGUUGACAAAAAAAUAAUCGUUAGUUGCAGCACUACAGUAAAUACAAACCGAUGACCUGUUACACCACACACCAAAACUGCCGAUACAUAGGUGAACUCUCAAGGCUGGGCAGCUUUAAAGCAGUGUAUAGUUCUGUACCUUAUGUAGCAUUGUCUUUUUUGUCUCACAUAUUCAUCAGUCAGCUGAAUGAAUGUAGGGGAAACACUGAGAUGUGUUAGUCCUACUUAGUCCAACUUAAAUCUCACUGGACUGAAAUGGUCUAAUGUGUUUACAUGUAUUUUUAAAAGUCCAGUUUUUGGUGAAGCUUUUGGCAUUAAUCAGUCAUGUUUACAUAACUCACUAAUGCCAUACUCAUAUGGCAUUACAUACUCUGUGAUCUUGUUAUCUAAAGAAAAGCACGUGCAGUCUUUGCAUGUCCUUGCACUGAUGUUGUGAUCCUCAUGUGGACUGCUGGGGUUCAGUUCCAGCCUGUGGCCUCUUUCCUACCUUGGUCUCUCCUCAUAUUCUUCUCUGUCCUUUGCCUUGUCCUCACAAAAUAAAAAUAAAAGCACCAAAAAGUGCUAAUUGGAUUUAUUUUAGAGGGCACAAUCUACAAACAACAGUAGUGAGUAAACAUACCAAACAGCCCAGCAGCUAAGGACCAUGAAUUAUAACAAUUAUUACUCUUUUUAACCGUUUUAGAGGUGAAUGUUAGUGACGGACUUUUGUUAUUGCAACCAGUCAAGCAAAAAGUCAAUUACAGCAUGUGUUCCUUUUUUAACUAUUAACUAAAAGGCAAAGGGUGUGACACAGAAGUUGAGUAGUGUGUCCUAGCCUAGGUAGACUCCCCUCCUUUCCUUCCUUUGAUUUAGCUCAUUUGGUCCCCUCACCCAGGUGGCAGUUAUAUAAUCUACCACCUGGGUACAGAUUACAUAUUUUUCUCUGAUCCGACAGAUGAAACUCUGCGUUCAAAAGUUUGGAGGAUGGAUUUUUCUCUGCAUGGUCAGACUUUAUUUUUCAAAGUGUGUUACUUGGUUUGGAUCAUAGGAUAUUAUCUAACAGUUAUUGCACAAGAAGUUAAAAUAUGCUAAAAUAGAGCCUUAAUUUAUUAGGGUUGAAACAACAGCACCAGAACUUACAGAUCUUGUAAAAACACUAGUGUUGAUGGUUUUUCUUCUUAACAUCCUAAAGGAUCAUCAGUUAAUUGUUCUUUAUCUUCUGAGUAACCAUCACCUGUUUCAUUACACAACUACAUAGACCUCCAGGAUGCUUUCGUCAUGUGUUUUGGCGAGCGGUGUGCUGCAUUGGAUUAGCUUGUUCACUGAGGUGCACUGGCUCACCCACCUUCUGUGUUUCAGUUACAUAACACACAAGCAGGAGAAUUGUUUUUGAACAGUGCGGUCUUCUUGUAUCUUUGAGCUUUGAAUUAACCUUGUGUGCUGAUAUACAUCUAAAGCUCAGAGAGCUGCUGCUCUGUGGAAAUGACUCUGACUGCUGCAGCUGCUGGAGGAUAAAAGUGAGUCACAAAUAGCCUCUGAGUGGACCGUGUAGUGCAGUCAGUGCAUUCCCUUUGGUCAAGCUUUCCUAUGGUAUGUGUGGUGGUGGCACAUAUGCAUGUCUGGUGAUGAUGAGGAGGAGGAUGCGAGUGUAUGUAGACGUCCUCUUUCCUCUCUCUCCUUCUACUCUUUGGACGAUGCAUUGUUUUUUUUCAUAACCAUAUGGUGUGUGGGAGAUGACUUUGAAUCCCUGUCAACAGGCCAGGUCUCUGCUGAUUCCUGUAUGUUUUGUAAGCGGCUGUUACAUAUAAAGACAUCACUUGUUAUUGUGUAAGACUGCAGUCAGACAUAAAUGUCACCACAUGCAGUCGUAGGUUGGCUGAAGAGCUUCUUGGUGCUGCCUUUUUUGUCGAGGUUCCUCUUGACGUUGGAAAAAUCUUGCUUACCUAAAUGUGCACCUUAAAUAUAACAGUAUUAUGGGUGACCUGUAAUAAACAUGGUUCUCAAACACAUCAACAUUGAGCUUCAACAUGUCGGCUAUAAAGUAAUUUGAAGCCUUUCAUAAUCAGCAUGACGUGGGUGAGCUUGACACCCUGAUGGUGACAUUAUGUUUGUUAUUUAAUUACUCUGUGUUGUUAAAAUAUUACAUUUAACAAUUAUUUUUGACUCAAAUAUGAAUUGUUUUGUUCAAUAGUCACAAUCAGAUUAAUGGGUAAAUUCUAGUAGAGCAGUGGUUUUCAAGUCCGGUCCUCGAGGCCCACUGUCCUGCGUGUUUUGGAUGUUUCCCUGCUCAAACACACCUGAUUCAAAUGAUCAGCUCGUUAUCAAGCUCUGGAAUGGCUUAAUAACGAGCUGAUCAUUUGAAUCAGGUGUGCUGGAGCAGGGAAACAUCCAAAACAUGCAGGACAGUAGGCCUCGAGGACUGGACUUGAGAACCACUGUAGUAGAGGAUGGACUUGGUGUAUAAAUGUCAGUGAUGGUAUCAUCCAAAAUGAGUUAAAAAAAAUCUGCAUAUUGACAAAAAUUCAAUAUUGUAUAUAUCCCUAAACCUAACAGGUGGGCAGUGUUGUUGUUAGGUAGAGGCAAUAAAACAUGGACCUAUGUUCAGGAGGAUAAACCAAGUGAUUUUGUUCAGACAUGAGUCUGCCCAAACCCUCUGAACCUGCACAGUCUUCAUUCAUUUCACUAAACAGACUUUCCUGCAGGAAGUAUCAGGUGAAUGCAUAAAGACAAUGAACAGAUAUAAAAUAAGGUGAGUGAAAAUCUUUAACACAAAGGCAAAGGGGCAGUCAGGUGAGAGACCGCAAGCUGAAGGCUCACCAUAAAGUCACCAUAAAGUAUACUUUGAUGUUGUAUGAUUCAUUAUUCAUCCAGCAGUCAGGGAGAAUGCAGCUGCACAGAGUGAGACACUAAAUUUAAUACAAAUUGUGGUAACUCAGGAAUAAAGAAGGUGCUCAUUAGGGCUGCUGAAGUCUUUCCAGAAUGUGGGUUUCAUGUAUUUUUUGGUCGUAUCCUGGGUUUGUUCAUCCAAAUAAUGAAGAUCAAUAUAGUGAACAACAUGCACAAAUAAAUACGCUUUCUCCUGCAACAGAAAACAGCUAAGCAUGGUGGGGGAGGGGUAAGCCACAGCACGCUGAGCGGCUGUGGUCUUCAUGUCCUCAGUGAAUGUAGGAUGAUAUUUCUGAUGUUCGCUUUGGUACAUAGAAUGAACCACAGAAGGCUGAACAUAUGGGGGAGGGAUACGCCUCAACAGUGACGUGCUACUCUUGAUGCUCAUCCAGCUAACAUCAUCGCUUCAAUUAGCAAAGACAAACCACUGUGUGUACAAAGGCUGCUGUGAUCCAUGUAACUUUACAAAAUGUACUCCUCACAUCCUCUGGUCUGCUCUGGUGAUGUUUAGACUGAUAGUUGACUUUUCUAUUUGCUGUUGUUCUCUAAAUCCAUCAACUCAGCUGCACAAUUGAUUGCAAAUUUAUCAUUGUUGCAGUGGGAGCAUGUACAAUAAACAUCUGAAGAAUCUAAAUUGAUCACAUUAAAGAAGAAUGAUAUUUGAUGUAAAUUUGAUCUGCUAGGAUUAAGGAAAAGCAUAUCCCUUUAUCGAUACACUAAUGUAUCGCUUGAACAUGGGCAAAUACCAGCCCUGUUGACUGACAUGCAGUCAAGUGAAGCUUAACCAGCUGUCAGCCAGCCUUUGGGUUAUUUUAUGAUAAUUUAGUAGUGAAAAACAAGAAAAUCCUUUUUUCAAGUUGUAAUUUUCUAUAAACUGAAGCAUAGGUUUGUGUUAGUUAUCCUUCACUAUUGCUUGUUUAAGACCCAAUCUCAGGAAUUUUAGCUCUAUUGUUUCAUGCCAGGCCUUUUUUUUUUUUUUUUUAACACUGGGCUGGUUAUAGAAACUCACUGCAGACAAUAAUGGAGUCAUUAAGGAGUGAGUUUCUAACAGUAACACAGUUUGGGGAGUGUUUCCUUUUCCAGGGGAAGAACUUCUGAAGGGUUUGUCUUGGAAAGAAAAGUUGUUUUCUCUUCCGCCCAUGCUGUUGCUUCCUGAGACUGCAGGAGGAAGGAAUUCCCUCUAGUGUUGGUUACCCACCCAACAUCCUAACACACACACACACACACACACACACACAGAGAGGCUGUUUACAUGCCUCUGCAGAAGUGCUGUUUAGAGAGUGUAAAUAAGGCCCUCAUGUGUUCAUAUAGGAUGGAUGGUACCUUCUCUAAAUUAAACACUACCCUAAAUAUGACCUUUAAAUAUUAACUCAACUGCACUAUUAUUAUAUUUAUAUUAUAUUAUAUUUACAAUAUUGUGAUAUUACAGCGACAGUAUGGCAGCCGCUGUCAAUGAAAUUCAUUCUCGAGCGCUCCUAACAGUCCUGCAGCGGUAGAAAAUCAUGCAAAUAGUAGCUGCUAGAAUGAAGAAAUAGCACAUGUGAAAACAUAAAUCAGUAUAACAUCAAAGAUAAUGCUUCAGCCAUAAGCUUCUUCUGGACAGCAGCAAUAUAUCUUCACUGUACGGUCUCAGCAGCCUGCCCACUAAUCCCAGACUCUGAUACACGUCUAAAUAAUUCAUGCCUGAUCCAAUUUAUUCACCUGACCGUCAGAGUCUCAUUUCAGACCAUGCCCUGCUGUCCUUACAGCUCCCACUCUCAUCUCAGCAGGACCUUUUCAGUCUUAUUUAUCCCAGCUAGCAGGCUUUAUGAAAUUACUUUCCCUGCUCUCUGUUGAUUCUCUCUGCCCUGUCUCUCUAUCCACGCCCCCCCCUUCCUCUCUCUCUCUCUCUCUCUCUCUCUCUCUCUCUCUCUCUCUCUCUCUCUCUCUCAGACAUACAUACUCUUAACUCACAGUAGUGCUGUGGGGGGUGGGUCUUUACUUGGCUGACCUUGCCCCAACCCUCCACACUUCCCUGCCCUGAUUAGGGCCCCACUGCUGCCCAUUCAACAGGCCUGCAGAUGCUGUUCAGCCCAGAGCUGCUCAUGCUCCCAGCUUGUUGUAGUGGAGGAUGGGGUAAGGAGUUGGUCUGUCCCCACAGAGCUCACCCUAAGUCUUUGUCUUCACACAAUGAAGAACACAUGAUGGGAGUGCUGCCAUAAAGAGUCCAAUCAAACCAGUAUACAAAUGUCUUCAAACAAAUUUUUCAAUAAAAGAAGAGAUACAAAUGUCAAAGACAGAAAACUUCUAUGAAGCCCUCCAGAUAAAAAGUGACUGACUGAACUGGUCAGAGAUGCCUAGGAAGGAAGAGAUAAGUGAUCAUACAACAUGUCCAGUCAAACUCAGACGGAGAGGAGCCUCAGCAGUGGAUUUAUCAGGGAGCUAAGUAGCUAACAACGUUUCACUUGUCAACCUUGAACAGUAGGCCUAUGACAAAAAUGUCAUAUGACAGUUUUUUUUCUGGCUCAGUCUCAGUUUUAUCACUGUUCUUAUUCAUGUGCUGCUUGAUUAUGGCAAAUGACAUAAUCACAGUUAUUUUGAUUGAUAUUGAUAUCACAGUUAUUAAAAACAACUACUCAUGAUUUGACAUUUGCAUCACACUCUUUCAAGCAACCUAAAAACUCACAAGUCUUUAAAUAUCAAAAUAAUUGUAAGCACAAUCUUAACUUAGAAUCAUCACAAAAAACACCAGUGAGUAGUAUUUUAAAGAAAGUGAGGCUCUUGCUUUGUUAUUACCAUGAUAUGAUACCCGCAAUCAUAGCCUCUCCAAUCUGGAAAAGUAACUGGUUAGUGUUUUUAAUAUAUGUGUUCUGUAAUGAGGUACAGAAUAAUGCAGUUUAAUGUUGCUUCUGACACAUAUAUCAGUUAGGGCUGCACGAUUUUGGCCAAAAAUAAAAUCCAGAUAAAAACUCGAUUUUUGAUUUUGAAUUUUUAUUCAGUGACAACUUCACCAAACUUCACAUAAAAAAAAGUUUUAAUAUCAUCUCUCAAAACAAAAACACUGAAAACAAUGUAGCGCAUAUGCGAAGCCAGUAAGUGGUGCUGUAACUCUGCCGAGGAAAUGCACAAAAGACAGAAGAAGAGUACGGAGCAUGCAGAUAAAGGUUGUUUUGGCUGGACACGCUCAGGCGCAAUACAAGAGUUGCACUGUGUGUCACAUAAUCGUUUCAAGAGGGAUGCAGAUAGAUGAUGAUAGAUAAAUGGUGCACUUUCAUACCCAUUUUUAAAAAGUACAGUUUACUGUUACCUGAAACGUCAUUUCUGUGUGGCUGAAACGCUGAUACGACAAAAAUCUUUUGCCUUUACUCCUAAAUUCAUUUACGUGUCAACAGGUUGAUACCGCCUUCAGACAGAUUUUGCAGUGGGGGUGCUUUGCUCGCCAUCCGAAACUGUGAAGCCGUACCAAUUCCACGACUGACUUGCUCUUGCCCCUUUUAACCAUGAGACUUGAUAGAGAGGAAAAUCAAUUUGACGAUUUUAACUUUUUUAACAUUGUCAUAAUUAAAUAAUCCGAUUUUGAUUUAAAAUCAAUUAAUUGUGCAGCCCUAAUAUCAGUCAUGAUCUGAAAUUGGCGGCGUAAUUUGGAGUAUUUUCGUGAUUCAUGAAUCAGUUAAAUGUCCAUCUAAAGGGUGUGACCGGCUAAGACAACGAUGUAUAUACAUGAACAAAGUGUAUAUAUGUGUGUAUAUAUAUAUAUAUAUAUUUAUAUUUGUCAUGUACAUUGAUGUAAUCAUUAAAUUUUUUUUUUUUUUUGACCAAAUAUAAAAAGGAUAUCAGCACCAAUAACCAGCUGUUGACCUGCUUUGUGACAUUCAGCAUCAGUCGACCACUGAUCUUCUUCUCAUUGACCUCAUUGAAUAACUCGAUAACUCUGAAUAACUCUGGCUGAUAAUCCAGAGAUAUCAAUGCUGAACACACUGAUCUUUAAGGACAGAUAAUGAGCACUGUCAUGUAACUCUGAUUAGUCAUGAGAGAUUUCUGCAGGAUUAUUGGAGUCCAUAAAUAACUCUGUCUGAAAACUCGGCUGUAGCUCUGAGCCUUAGUAUUUGAAUGUGUGCUCCCCACAUGCUGAACUGUUGGGGGUGGGGGCGGGGUAUUACUGACACCCACAGAGUCAACAGUAUAUCUGUUCGUAUAGGUCUUUCACCAUAAGAAGGGUUUCAUUUCAAUAUGAUAGCAGGAAAAAGAAAGAAACUCUGUUCCAUGAACUGGUUUCAUUACCAAGGAGACAAAAAUGAACUCCCGGGCACCCACAAUGGUUUAUCAGUAAUAUCGGAUUUGCAGCCUGCUCACAGUUCUGCCACAGAAAAGGUCCCUGAGCUCAAGGAAAUGUUUUCCUUAAUGUGCUGUCAGUCUUCAUUUUCUCAUUUGAAGCUGAUUUGGUAAAUUUAUGGAUGUCAAUCACUGCACAGAGCUGUGAAGGUCCCUGCCAACAGUCUGUAGGUUUGGACUAAUAGAAAACAUAAAGGAACCAGGUGGCAUCUCCUCUGCUUUCUGUCUGUCUAAAACAGACAUAAACACAACAUGUGUGUCUUUAUUAGACGCUAAUGGGCUCAACAAACCAUCAGUAUUUGCCGACCUCUAAACAAGGAGGUUUAGUGGUUGUGGCUGUGUGGUGGGUGUCGCAGAUACACACAGAGGUGCAGAGGUGUGGAUUCAUCAGUUCUUGAGAUAAACAAUCAGACAAGAGCUAUUGUUCUCUUUAUCUCCAUUUUCAUCGACCACUGCUGCUCUCUCUGUCACUUACAGCACCUUCUGGCUGUAAGUCAGUGGAUGUUUUAUUGCAGACUUUAAAUACUAUUAAAUGUGAAAAUAUCAGGUAAUUUCGACAACUAUGGUCUGUUAUCAUCAUAGCCAUGAUUAUAAUCGUUGGUCUGGCUGCUGUGUUUCAUGACCCUGACUCCUCUCACACUUGUAUAAAAGAAAUGAAACAAUAAAGCAGCUGAAAGUGGAGCUGUUUUAUCCCCCACUUCCCUGAAGUAAUAUGAGGUUUUGUUCCUUUUUUUUAUUUCUCCUAUCUUCUCCUCCGCACGGAUGAACUUCUUUUAUGAGUUGAUUGUUAAAACAAACAAAGUCAUCUGAGAAAGAAUUUGGAGUCUAAAGCUGCAGAGAGAUAAAGGCUCUUUCUAAGGACUGCAGUUGUGUUUUAUUCUGAUAAAUGAAAGCUCCUCUCCCUCUUUUUGAACAAAUCACAGUGACAAAGUUUAGUUAAUUAUUAAAACAACAUUUAUCAACAAGUUUAUUCCUGAGACCUGGGAAAGUCGAAGGAAACCUCAGUGUUUGUUUCUGCAGCAGUCUGUUGGUUUUUCCUUGUCUGUCUGCUCUCAGCUUGUCCUUAACCAGCUUCUCUCUAUGUAAAAAUCUAUGUGAAUGUGUGUGUGUGUGUGCGUGUGCAUGUGUGUGUGUGUGUGUCAGAUGACCUAUUGAAAUCAUUGUGGUGCAGAAUGCCUGUUACCAUGGCAACGCAGGCUUCUCUCUUUCUCUCUCUCAGUUUCUCUCUAUCUCCCCUCCCCUUUCAUUUCCCCUCCACUCCAGAGUGAGGUCAUGUGACCACGCUGACGUCAAGCUAUAGAUGAGGCAGGCAGAGGAACGAAUUAGUUUGUGGGCUUUCAACAGACCUCCUGCUCAGAGGAAGAGCCUCUUGUAAUCUGUUAGUCACCGUUAACUGUGUCUCGAUCACUUACUCCGCCAUCUCCCUCUCUCGCUUUCUUUCUCUCUGUUGUUCUUUCCCCCUCUCUCUCUCUUUCUCUCACACUCUCUCUCUCUCAUGUCUGGCUCUUUCUUGUGCUCUUCUUCAUUCUCGCCUGUUGCUUUUGCCUCUGCUCUCGCUGCUGCUGCUGCAACAAACUCAGUCUAGAGAGAAAGUGCUGGGUGAUGGACUGCUGAACGGCUUGUACGUCGCUACAAAGUGAGGUAAGCUUCCUGGGUUUUCUCUUUGUGUGUGUGUGUGUGUGUGUACUGUGUGUACUGUGUGUUUUAGCGAGCAGCUGCCUCCAGACGGGAGUGCUCUUAGAGAGCUCAUACUUGCACAGAGGGGAAGUUUUCUCUCAAUUCAAUUUCAUGGAAGAGAGUUUAUGAGGCUUUUUGUACUCUUUAAAACUCCUUCCCUUUGCCUAAAUCCUGCAGAUUGAGCAUGCAGCUCUAAAGAGGUGCAGAAACGCAGCAUGAUGUCAGAGGUCUCAGGGGGAAGGGACUCGGGGGUUAGUUGCUUACUGUUGAGACAAACACUGGCAGAUCUGUUUCCAGCACUUGCAGGAAGUUGGUGCAUGACAGAAGAAAGAAUGUUUGAUCCUUACAGGGCUGAGUAUGUGCACAGAGCUGGACAUGAUGGGCAGCUGCACAUGGCUUUUUCUUCUUAAAGCGCUGCUCAUGUUCGAGGCAGCAGUGUGUGCUGGAGCUGCUGGCUGUGCUUGCCAGAGAAUCAGGAGCAGGGUUGGGGCACAGCAGCUGCCACCUGCCCCCACCCUCACAAAGGAUGGGAAAGCGUCAGAGAUUCGCCCUGCACAGAUGAAACUCUCUAGUGAUCAGCUGUUACAUUUGUUUCAUGUAGAGUUUUCAUACAGGAGAGACACAAGGACAUCUUUAGGCUUUAGUUUGCCCAGAAAUUUGCUCAAGAACCCCUACCCUAUCCCCCUACUCAUCCCCCACAACCUCCACCAGCUCGGGGGGGAGCCUCAAACAAAAGCAUGUCAGCCCACAUUUAGCCCCAGCAGUGUGGAAAGAAAGAAAGAAAAAUGUGCAUAACAAGUAGAUUGGAUUUGUCUACAAAACUUCACACUUCUUCAGCCCUCCUCUCUUCUACUUUUUUCUACUGAAGAUACUUAAUCUCUGACUCUUCAUCCUGGCCAGCUGUGUAGCAAACUUAAAAAAGCAGAAAGAAGAAAAGAGCACAUAGCCAGAGCUGUUGGCUACUUCCUUUAAUUUAUCGUCUGAUGUUUGCAUGUGCGCGCGUCAUUUCAAUAGUCAGUUGAAGUGUCUGUGUGUCGUGGAGAGGGAGGGACAUCAGUAACUAAUCCAUCUUUCUGUAAAACAAAGAACACUAAUUUCAGGCUCAUUCGCAGCGUCCAUCUGUGUUUUCACAGUGUCGCAGUACAACUUAACGCUGAAGUGCUGAAAUCUGCCUGAGAAAAUGUCAAUAACCAAAGUCAUGUUUUGACUGAAGGAAAGCAGGAAGUGGAUUCAGAGUAGUCCAUCAAUGUUGACUAUCAGGAGGAUUACAGAUUUUGACAUGGAUGCAUGUUCGAAGAUACUUUUCAGUGCGAUCUGCCAGAAAAUAUAGAGAAGCCGAUUUUGAUUGAUAAGAUGACAAAAAGCAAAGAAAUGUCUCCGUGUUUUGAAAGUGUGAGCUAGCUCUGUUGGCACCAUUUCCCCUGGGGAGCCACUGCCGCACACACCUCCAGCCUUCAGCCAGUAGCUUUAUCUGACAUCCUGCAGCAGUCCACUAUUCUUUUGACGCGUGUGUGUGUGUGUGUGAGAGAGAGAGAGAGAGAGAGAGAGAGAGAGAGAGAGAUCCGUGCAUGUUUCCGAGGAAGAAUUUCACAUAGUGCCAGAUGAAAUACUACAGAAAGAGCACCAGUGUUGUAUAAUAAUGUUUGUUUUUUUUUUGCUCUGUACUGGAGCUUUUUUCAAGGUCUGUUCCUCUGUCCCCACCACCAUCACCAUCCUCUCAAAGCCUCCUAGAGCUCUUAAAUGAGGUCCAACUGUGUCUUCAGCCUGACUGCUUCACUUUAACAUAGUUGAAACUGCAGCACGGUGACAGUCUCUGCAAAAAUGGGUUCAUAGAGAGUGACUCAUACACCAGAAUCAUCCUCAACAAGCAUUGAUUGACAUACAAGCAGAACUAUGGCUGUUAAAUCUAAACAUUUGCAUGGGUUUGAAGUGUUUCAUUUGGAUUAAACUGAGAUUAUUAAAAUGUAUGAAAUGGAAACCACCUGUUUAAUGUGGAGAAAUCAGGACAGUUUGAUGCUGAAUGCAGAACACCAGGACAUUUCAGUGUUGAUGUAUUAAGGGUUGAGCUUUCUCUGCUCUAAAUCCCUGUACACCACUGAAUCAGAAACAAACAUUUAAAAUCAAAAUCAGCUCAAUCUUCCCUAAAACCCCCUUAUUAUGUCUUUUGCACUAAUACAUCCCUGUGUGGAUCCAGACAUCUCCAUCAUCACAAACUAAAUGACAGAUAUUUAUUCACUUUUAUACUUCUGAAGCUCUCUGCCGGUUACUGUUCAUACUUUAGGAUGAGAGGGCGGUAUUUUCUGCUCAGCUGCUAAACCACAUGUUUUAGGUGAACUGAAAAUCUCUAAUUAUCCAAAUAGUCUGAGAGUUAUUGAUUAUCCUUUGGGGGGAGUUAUCAGCUCACCAGCUGCUUGGACUGAGCAGAUACCAUACCAUCUGAGAUACUCCUAGUGUAAGUGUUUACAUGAUCAAAAUAAGUGUCAUAUCUCGCUUUCAAUGACAAGUGAUGCAGGCAGACCUACACAGAGCACAGCCACAUCCUCAUUCAGAGCCGAUGUUAAUGUUGAUAGUGACAGAUGAUUACAGCUAUGUUAACUGGACAUUUACUGCUUUUAUUUUGGUCCAUCUGCAGGCUCAGUUGACAUGAGCUAAUAUCUCCAUUAAACCUGCAUCCCACCAGCGUUAAGACCUACUCAGAGCCAAAGAUGAUCACCAGAAACGGGUCAUGACUCAAAAUCAUGAAGACAUUACUGAAAACACAGCUGAAUGCAGCUUAAGGAUGAUAGAUAGUGAUGUUUUUAAACACAGGAGCUCAACACAACUCAAUAACACAAGCUAGGCCUGGGCGAUUUGGCAAAAAAAAUGAUCACGAUAUAUUUUGUCAUAUCGUCCGAUCUCAAAUAUUAUCACAAUUAUUUUUUAACUGCCUGUUUUAAAGCAUCUGUACUAAAAACUAAAGAAACUAGAGAUUAGUUCAACAUUUUAUUAACAUACAAAGUAAAUAACAAAGCAAAUUGAAUUAGAUACGCUUCGAAAAUAUGAAAAAAAAAAACAUUUUAACUCAACAGUACAACAAAUGUAGAUAAAUACUAGAUAAUACAGUGAAUUAGUUUGCAGUCCUGAGUGUUUUUGCAGGUAUGCAAGACCCAAAAUAAACAAAUCGCCCCCCCAGAGAUGAUGAAGAUGCCUUAAAAUGUAAACAUUAGAUGAUGUAAACAUAGAUGAUACGAUUGAGUGCUGCUUUGGUUUGGUGGCUGCACCGCUAGUUGUGGCUAAACUGCUAAUGCUAUUCAUGCCAUCAGCAGUGGCAGGUUGUACAGACUCCACUCACAUUUUCAUUCACAUUCAUUCACUUCUUCAAAUGAUUAAACAGAUUUGUUGUGUAGCCAGUUUUUGAGGGCACCGAUCGCCGACAUACCUUGCUCAUCGGCUUAAUUACUCGACGUCACUUUGGAGAUACCCAAACCACCGCCACACAACCGACCUUGAAUAACUUCUCAACAAUAACAUCUUCGGAGAAUAACUCAAAGUCACGGCUGACAACUUUCUUGCUGCCCUCAGCUCUGUGUUUAGCUCCACAUUCAGUCAUUCUGUUUACUUCUCCGGCAACUUACAGAAGUGAGCACGUUAGUUAUUUAUAGUUAUCUGAGGAAAAACACCCCUUACUUUGUUUAAACGAAAACACUCACUGUAUCAUUUUAAAACACCGUGCAGCAUUGUUUUCCUUCAGUAUUCAUAAUUUGAUAGUAAUAAUUUUGAGGCUAUAUCGCCCACCCCUACAGGCUGCCAGUGUUUUACGCCUGCUCUCCUGGUGUCACGUGGGGGUACGCUCUUACAUUAGGUUUGAAAUAAAAGUCUAAACUGAUUUCAGAUAGUAACAUCAUGGAAAAGGUGACUUCACUCCUUCUUGGUGAGCCCACACAUACUCAGAGAUGGUAGUAUUUUUGUUUAAUGUGUUUGUGCCAACGGUUUCAUUUUGCUGCUCACCAGCUCUGCAGAACUGUAUCAACCCAGCCUCUAAAAGAUUCUGUUUUAGACUUAAGGGACUUUCACGUAACAGUGAUGGAAACUAACUUGAAGGCAGUUUAUAUAACUUUUGAUUUACAACCAGAGCCGGAUAUGAUGGCAGAAACUCAGAGAAAGAGAUGAAGCGAGACAGACACUGAAAUCUGAAGAGGGUUUUGAUGGACAUGAAGUUUUUGCUGUGUGAAUCCUCUCCAGGUCCUCUCAGGUGUCUACUAAUAGAUAAUCUUACACUUGACUUUUAAAAGGGAAUUUUGUAGUCCUCAGUUACUAUGUAGUGUCAUUGUUAUUGAUAUUUAUUAUGGGCCAUAAAAACAAACCUUGUACUACCAUGUGAACUUCUCUUGAUUGGACUGUAGCUUCUGCGGGUAAAGGACAAUAAUUCUAACAUCUGAAACAUCCUGGUUUCCACUCAUGGUACUUGUGUUGCUGAACAGUCAGGGUUGAAUAAUCUGGAGCUAGUUGUGUGAAAGUCUGUGAGGAGCUAAAGAAAUGGAGCAGAUUGGGUGAAAGGCACAGUCAGUCAGUACAUUUACAUGACACUCGAGAAAACCGAAUUAUUGCCUCAUUCCGAUUAACACCGGACAACUGAAUUGCAUGUAAACACCUGAGUCGGGGAACUCUGAUUAAGACACCCAGAAAAUGUGAUUGCAAUUCAAUUUCUCUACCAUGUAACCAGUCAGAGUCAGAUUAUGAUCGGACAAUGCAUGUGCAUGUGGGCCAUGUCUCCGUAACUCCAGAACAAGAACACCAAAGAAGAGGACUAGCGUGCAUCUCAUCUGCAGAAAAAGUAGCAUGUACAUCACGUAGGACAAAAACAACGGCAUAUGAUGCUCCAUCUUCUUGCUCAAAAAUGCCCAGCAGCAGCUGUAGCCACUUCUGACGUCUGGCACAGACCUGCUGUUGUUGUUGACAGUUGUAUGGGGUCGGAAACAGCGCCACUGAAAAGACCCAUAUCGCCCCCUAGUUUUGGGGAGGAGGACACGUUCGCGUCAAUAAUUUGAUUUUCUCAGCUGCAUGUAUACAAGGACAAGGAGAGAAGUCCGAUUCUGCGAAAAAACAAAUUAUGAGCUUUGUCUGAUUAAGCUGUGCAUGUACACAUACUGAGUGACUGAUAUCCAGCUUCAGACCAAAAUCUGUGUUUGAGUGAAGAUCAUGAUGCAAGAGGCGAUGCUUCAGCUGAACUUUGAGCUGCCUCUCAUACAGUCAGUCCGGCUGCAUUUCUUCAGUGAAUUGGUAAACCUCAUAGUGAGUUUGUGUUUGUUGGUGCAGGUGUAAAGCAUACUCCACACCAGCACUUGUGGUGAAUAAGUCCAAAGAGUUUGUGUGAUAAGGUAAAGAGUCAAAUCGAGCUUUUAAAAAUGUGUGUAGUAUAUGAAUAAUAUCUGAAGUGGAACAUUUGGGAUCUCUCUGAUGAAUGUGCUGUCUACCCACUCAUCAAGGGGACCCUUCAGGUAUGCGCUUGUGCUUCACUGUUUGACUUGGACAUCCCAGCGAGGCCAAAAGCACUUGACACUCUGGUUUAGGGGGCUCUCUGAGAGCUCACUCCUCAGUGGUAAUUGCAUUGUUCUGAAGUCUCAUGAUGUGUCUAUGCAUUAUAAACUGUGAACGUAAUUGAAGAGGCAGGGGAGCAAAACUAUGUUUGACUGAAGGGUAAAAAUCUAGAUCUAUGCAGUUAACUGUGCUUGUGCGGCUGUGGUAUACUCUGCUUCCACACUGACUUUAGAAAUGAUCCUGAUGUUGACAUUCAAAGAAAUCAUCAUGGAGCUUUAACUGAACAUAGUUUAGUAAUGAGCUCAGCUCAGCAGUCCUCCUUGGUGCUGGUUUUUAGCCUUAAUCUUUAUUCUUCUGUUGAAUAACAUGGCAAAAGUACAGAAAAUGAAAAGGAAUUCAGAGUUCAUCAUGAUUUAUUUUGGAAAGUAUAAAAGACUCAGAUGGGUGUACUCCUUGUUUAGGUAAGAGACACUCGACAUCAGAUUGUAAGAAUAAAUAAGUGACACAAAUAUGUUCUAAGAGCUUCUCUGGAAGUGUUUGAUCUCUGUGUAACCGUCACUCUUAUUGAGAUUAGAAUUGAGUCACGGCAGUAGACGGACUACAUGUCUGUAGUAGUUUGGCGAGGCAGCUGGUCAGCCGUGCUUUUGUCUGUCUCCAACGGGCUUCUUCACAAAGGGGUCAAAGGUCAUGUUACUGAAAUCCAGCUCCAAUGGGGUGCAGAGUGCUGUGAGAAAUGGCUCCCAGCUAAAGGUUCCCAUAUGGGAAGGCUCACACUGACAUAUUUAAAGGAUAACCUUGGCCUAUAGGCCCCCCUGCAUUGGUUAAGGGAAACUCUGGGAAACAGAUUUUCUAUUUUUAGCUUGACGGAGGAUUUCACACCAGUGACAAAAGGGAGUUCUUUCCCUGUGAACAGAUGUCUCUUUUCAGAGUUUAGAGACUGGUUGACUUUACUCUGCAACAAGGAAACCCCCUGCUGCAUUUACUGUCAUUACACCAUUAGAUUAACCACUUCACACUAUUUCUGUUUGUUAAUCAAAGAGUGAAAACAUCAGAAAGUGUUGUUUUUAACAGGUUUUUGUCUAUUUGUCUGUAGAAGGGUUCAUCUUAUUGGUUAUUUGUAAAAACUCGAAGGCCGUUUCAGCUGAAAGAGACAAGAUAAGAUAUUCCUUUAUUAGUCCCACUGGGGGAUAAUUCCAAAUUAUAGCAGUGAUGAAUGAAUAUAUAUAUAUAUAUAUAUAUAUAUAUAUAUAUAUAUAUAUAUAUAUAUACACACACACACAGAUACGUUAGCGUUAUUUACAGCUGCUAUGCUGUUAUGUACAUGUUUGAUAUGUUACAGUUGAAAGCGUGAUUGUGUGAUGAUGGCAUCUUCAUAUUCUCACCACAGGGAAAAGAUAGACCAAAUAGAUGUCAUAUGUAUGUGAUUGUUAACUUAAAACUACAUGUCUCAGUUGUUUUUAAUAGCCCUAUGUAAGGUUCAGAAAUAAAGAAAACUGCAGUGACUCCUGCAGCGGUCACAGAGGAAUGAUCCCAUUUAUAGCCAUACUCAUAUCUAACUAGCAUAUGGUCAUGGCAGUGACCAUUGAACAGUAUUUCUGCUUGUAAUGCCCAUCCCUCAAUCCUGCCAAAACCAAAAAUGGAUUUGUGUCAGUUCUUAUUUUGCAGCAAAGAGGCAGAAAUGCUUCUGCACUUGGGUUGUCAUGGUAACCACAAAAAUGAAAUACUGCAGAUCAUGAUAGGCUACCACACAACCAUGGUUGUGACAUCACCUCCUUUAAGAGCAUUUCGGUUCACAGCUUAUUAACACGGGGGAGUACAUCAAUUCAGCUCCAAAAAGAUCUGUAUGAAACCAGGAAACACACUGAAUUUAAGGGGACGUACCAUUAAGCUUUCAAGCUGAGUUCAGCGGCUCAUGCCACAGUCACCUGGUAGCCUGGCAUUGGAGAAGCUUUUACCUGAGUUGAAAAUACAACCCUGCGGUGAUGCACCCACAAAUGCCUCCCGGACACUGUUGCACAGUAUCUGAUAAGGAGAUGGAAACAUCUCCAGGGUGAAGAAAACAACAUUCAGUCAGUGCUUCAGAAAUUUGAUGAGCACCAAGAUUUUUAGAGAGAACUGUUGGAAAUCUGACAGCAAAAUGUUGAAACAGAAGUUAGAGGUUUUCAUAAUUAUCUUGAAACAAACGCCCCUGAAAACACGUUUGUAGUUUAAAAACAGAGUAACACCAAUAAACAGACGUGUGCAAUGAUACCACACACACUGCAGUAUUUAGGAACCUUGAUCACUGAGACAGCCCGACUCUGUAGAGCCUUAUUUUAUCUCUCAGAACCAGCAAACCUGCGGAGAUGACACUGGGUUUCAGUGUGUCACUCACUUCCAUGUGGACACUUUAUUCCCAUCAAAAGACCAGAAUUACUGGUGGAUUUUCAUUUGUGAUUUUCCUUUUCAUUUGUAAAGUUUUGCCCCAGCAGCACAUUGAAAAACAGAACUUUUGUGGUGGAUUUGGGAGACCUUAUGACAGCAUGCGAGCAUGAUUGUCUGGCUGUUGUUGAGCUGAUAAGCUGUUUCCCUCAGGUUAGCAGCCGGUGUUGAUGUCAAAUGUUUAAAGGAAACUUUUUCUCUGGUUUAAACAUGUUGUAAAUGUGAUCAGCUAUCAAAUCAAAUUAGUCUUUCAGGUAGUUUCUACAAUUUCUGAUUCUAUCUGUCCUUUGAGAAGAGCAGGUCCCUGCUUUGGACAAUGUAGAUAUCAUCCUUUUAUUCACAGAGUUACAGUCGCACCUGUUACGCCACUCACUAUCAGAUCUUGGGAGGAUAACUAGACGACAAGUUGCUUUGAAUAAUUAACCUGUAUUUGCAUGAAAAGAAAGUUUGAAGUCAGGAAACAGACAAUAAAGAUGUGCUUUAGAAGAACUUGGAUUCAAUAUUCAUGAGAAUCUCAGGUCAGAGCGACUCAUUAUCAUGGACCUCACUGUUUUCCACCCUUCUCAUGAGCAGAGAGGCAGCUCUCCACCCAUAUCCAGGAUACUGAAUUAUUCAAAAUAUUCCAUGUCAAUAAUUUCCAAAGGGAGUGUUGCGGAUGACAGUGUGGCAGUGAGGAGAUGAUAGGUCUCAGAUUACUCCUAAUUCCUCAGUGCUGACAGAGAUCUUUGGCAGUCAGGGCGCAUGGCUUACUGAGGGGGAAGUGAGGCGAAAAGAAAAGAGUGAUAUUGCUGCUUUGUCAUCUAAAAAUGACUUGAAUGUGACAUGUGCUUUGAAACAGCUUUCUGAUGAAGACGCUGUCGUUGAGAGGGAUAUUAAAGCGCUGUUCUUGUUCAGCAUUGAUGUGGCAGCUGUUCACAACACAGACAGGAAUACUGUAAGCCCACACACAUUUGUGUGUCACUGAUGUUGGUUUGUUUUACGCCAAAAUGACAAAUGAUGUGUAAGGACUCUCUGUCACUGUUUAUUACAUAGUUUUAGACUAUUUCUACAGUAACUGAGACUUCCUCUUUAGUCUGUAGUCAUUCUGCAAAUCAUACUCAUCAAGCUUUGUGCCAAGAUGGAGACUCAAUGUGAUAUGACCAGUGUUUGGGGUAACGCACCACAAAGUAACAGAUUACAGUAAUGUAAUUACUUUUUCGGGGUAACAAAGUAAAGUAACACACUACACUAAACAAAUCAGUAACUUAAUUACUUUACUAAACAAUAGGAACAUGCCUUUCUGCGUUACAUCAGCUGUGUUUCCCUGUGCGCAAAGCUCUGAUCUGUUAAAGUGGUUUGUGCAUGUGUGCUGCUUGUGUGUUUGUGACAGUAGGCAGGGGUUUGGUGCUCAUAAGGAUCAAUUUCAUCUUUUUUGUUUUUUGUGGAAAUCAAGCCUUCGGACCAUUGUCCAGCUUGUCUCUGUACACUCUGACAGUCUUUUCUUUUGCAGGAUUCCAAUAGACUGUAUAUAUUCUAUGGAUAACUUGGUUCCGCCUACCGCCUGUAUACGGAUUUGAAGCCAAAAAGCUCUCGGUAUUUCCGGGAUUUUUCUUCAUUUCCUAAAUCCAGCACUGCGCAGUAGUGAUGCGCGCAUUCGGGUGUGCAGUCGCCAAGAGUCGCUGUGAUGACGCUCAGCUCAAACAGCGUAUCCCCCGGGAGAGCUACGCAAUACCUGAACGCCCAUAGGCUGUAUCAGGUGUCAAUCAUAGAAAACAUGAACCCCCAAUAACUUUUAAAAACGGAGCUUCACAGAAAAAAGAGGACUUGAGCACAAACCAGUCUUACUGUAACUACAUGUAACAUCACAAGCAGGGGGGAGAAAAAAUAGUGUUCUGUGUAAUAAAUUUCUAAAGUUUGUCCACAGCUCCAUAAGCUUUGCUGGAGGAGGUGGGAUUGAUGACCUAUACUGCAGCCCAUCAACAGAGGGUGCUGUUCUCAGAGUGGCUUCACCCAGCGAGGAGGCAGACUCUGUCCAUUCUUUACACAGUCUAUGGGAAUUCCUUUUUCUUAGGUAGUUUUUUUUUUUUUUUCACUGUGCCGCUAUCUCGCAGCCUCCCAGUCAAAUGAAACAAAAAGCUGCCUGCAAAGAUGCAUUGCGCAAUCAUGUAGUCUUUAAUGGUCAUAUGAUGAGAUCAAUUUGAGUGACGUAGCUGCUGAUGCAAAAGAGAGAUGGAGAUGGAGGCGGAUGACACAGGGGCUUUAAGUGGCAAGUGGCGAUACUUGCAUCAUUUUCGUUAUAGUCGUCGAAAGGACAAAAAUAUUUGUGUGAAAUGCAGUCUAUGCCCAGUUGACAUUUAUACAAUAAACAAAAUGAUGCGGACUAUGCUCAGUGAUGAUUGGGCAAUGAUGUUUGUCCAUGUACCUCUACAUGGUAAAUUAAGAAAUGGGAAAGUCAAGUUAUAAGUAUGAAGUUACUUUUCAAAUGUAGUAGCUAGUUAAGUAAUCACAUGACAAUAUACAGAAGUAACUAGUUACUAGUAGGGCUGCACGAUUUUGGCCAAAAAUAAAAUCCCAAUUUUUUUUAUCUGAAAACUCGAUUUUCAAUUUUUAUUCAGUGACAACUUCACCAAACUUCACUUUAAAAAUAAAAAGUUUUUCUAUCAUCUCUCAAAACAAAAACACUAAAAACAAUGUAGCGCAUAUGCGAAGCCAGUAAGUGGUGCUGUAACGCUGCCCAGGAAAUGCACAAAAGACAGAAGAAGAGUACGGAGCAUACAGAUAAAGGUUGUUUUGGCUGGUACAAACGCAGGAUCCAUAAAAGAAUUACACCGUGUUUGACUGGUCGUUUCAGGAGAGAUGCAGAUAGACAUCCACAUGAAGAUGAAAUGGUAGUCAUUUACGGGUUUAUGCACUCUUGUACCAGUUUUCAAAAGGUACUGUUUACAGUCACCCAAAAUGCCUUUUCUGUGUGGAGGAAACGCUGAUACGACAAAAUACUUUUGGGUUUACUCUUGAAUUCGUUUCCCUGUGGACGGGUUGAUACCGCCUUCAGACAGACUUUGCAGUGGGGAGUGGUUUACUCUUCAUCUGAAACUGUGAAGCCGUACCAAUUCCACACGACUGACUUGCUCUUGCCCCUUUUAGCCACGAAAUUAACACCUUCUUUUCCAACGCCAUGUUUGUCCACACUGGUGUGUAUGGGAACUGGGGAGCGCUCCCGCAGGAAGGGGGAGCCUAUGUUGGCCUGGAGGCGUGAGACAUGAUAGAGAGGAAAAUAGAUUUGAUGAUGUAAACUUUUUUAACAUUGUCAUAAUCAAAUAAUCCGAUUACGAUUUAAAAUCGAUUAAUCGUGCAGCCCUAGUUACCAGUAAUGAAUUACUUUUUAUGAGUAACUACCCCAACACUGAAUGUGAUACUCCCCUGACCCAAAACUUAACACCUGCUUUUGGUGAAUAAUACCGAACAAUGAACAAUAUACCAAAGUACAACCUGUAUCUCAAACAAUAAUCCCAGCAUUUGUGUAAUAAUCCUGUACUCUUCAUUUCUCUUUCCAAAGAAAUUACAGACAGAAGUAUGAGUUUAAGACCGUACGCAGAGUUGUCCAUGAUCCAAACCCUGCAGGAUUAUUUCUCAGAGUAGAAAAAUAAAUAUGGUUUCACUCUGAAAGGGCAUUUUGUUGAGAAAUUUCACAUCACAUCUAUACUGAGCUCAGCACAGGGAUGAAAGAACAGCCAGUAUUAGCGUUAAAGCUUCAAAAUAUUCUCAUUAUUUGACAAAUCUCCAUCCUCUGGAUUCAUCCUGACCUCUGACCUGACCACACUGACAUCAUUUCCGCUGUGUUUUCUAUUUUCCGUGAUGUUACAUCCUGUUUCUAUAUUUUCCUUUGACCACAGGAAGUAGAGAGGGCUUUGUUGCAUCCCCAGAGGCAGCCCCCAAUCACAGCCAUCUCCAGCAGGCUCCUGCUCUGCCCAAGUCCCCCCCCUUCCCCCGUCUAUUCUCUCUCUCUCUCUCUCUCUCUCUCUCUCUCUCUCUCUCUCUUUCUCUCUCUCUCUCUCACGGGGAGGUGAAUCCUUGACAUGGUAGACAUUGACCUUUUCCUUUAACAGCUAUACGUUCUCCAGCUGCUCUUUUGAUUACUCUGCAAACAUCAUUUUUCAUUUAUAGAUCAUCUCUGGCGCAUUUACAGCCAUCCCACUUCAUCUUGAACAACGCUCAUGAUAACUCCUAUCUAGCAGGUGUGACUGAGUGGGAGGCCAUUCUUCUUCAUCAUCAGUCAUCGUUUUAAUGGAAAAUUUUCUCUGAAAGAACAAAGGAGAGACCAAAAAGGCAACAGUUGGUGCUUUGAACAUUUAAAGCCAUAACAAAAAGUAGUAAUUGUUCCUGCAGUGUGAGAUUGGAUUUGAACUUCAGAUUUGUUUCAUACAGAUGGCUAAAUCAAUCAAUAACACAAUGAUACAGACUACAACCUGCUAAAGCCUCCUCCAAACAGCAACUGUCCACUAAAAACACGGCGACUCUGACCAGACAUGCUGGACGAGGAGCGAUGUUGAAAAAUGUGCAUCAGACAGGAAGUGGUUCAUACUUACUCUUUUAAGAUGGUGGAUGUUGGUUUGUUCACACUCUCUCCAAAACCCAAAGCACUCUAAGAGAAGGGAGACUCUAUCAUGAGCACACAACAUAAGGGGGAGACAGGAGAGGAACAUAACAUCUACCUGCUUCAGAGUAAGCUUCAAAUAUGAAGUGGGUGGAAGGGUUGGGUCUGUGAGGCACUUUGAAUUUCAUUUUCUUUUAUAUGAAAAGUGCCAUAUAAAUAGUUUCUGUGAGAGUUUUUUUUUUGUUAUGUUUAUGAUCCCCUUCUAUGAUGUCUAUAAGCAAACAAGACUGAUCAUUCGUAUGUUGUGGUUUCCAGUGCUCUAAACUACUGUGAGGGGGAAGGUGUCAGCCGAGCAGCUUAAGAAACAACCGUUUUUACAAUUUGCACAUAAAAUAAUCACAAGAAAUUAUACCUGUGACUGUCAGAAGUUAGCAGGAUGUGAUUUUUAUUUAUUUAUUUUUGUUGAAGUCAUUAUUCAAGUGUGUAGAGGACAAGCUAAGCAAAGACUGCUCUGUCUGGUCCUCACAGUACUUCCUCAAAGCUCCUCAUAGGAGCUUUAACACCCAGUUGAGUCAAUUGUGAUGAACAGGAGUGAUUCCAGGAACAGUCAGAUCACACUCAUCAAACUAAAUCUAUCUAAAAUAAAUCUAUUUAUUGAAAAAAACAUAUAAACAUGAGUCUGGCUAAAAUCACACUAAAUCAAAAUUCUCACAAUCAGACUAACAUUCCUGGAUGAUGAGGUUUGAGGUUGAUUUUCUCUGUCACGUAUAUGACUCAGUCAGACUGAUACUGGCCUCAGCGUUCUGCACACGCUCUGGUGUUUACACACCGGGCUUUCAGCUGGAAGUUGAAUAUCCUGGAUGUGUUGCUAGGGAGCCGAGUAGUAAACAAAACCUUGAUGGAGGAAGAAGGAAAGUAAAAAAAGAUUCAACUUUGUUGAUGAAUGGCACAGGGCUGUAAAAGUGAUGAUUUUUGUUAAGACAUAAAACAGCUCAUUCAGAACACAGUAUGAGCUCUUGCAGAGGUACAGGACUGAAGCUGACUUUAAAACUAACAGGAGAGUCAAAGAGCUUACUCAGGUUCUGCAUCUAUUAAGACUAACCUGAAAAACUCUCAUGUUUUGACUUUAGUGUCAGUGAAAGUGUUCAGUUUGAUUUUGGUUUUAGCUACAAGUAAACUGAUAAAAACACUUGGACAUAUGUCCACAUUUUUGGACAUAUUUUACAGUACGGAGAUCAGGUGACAUACAUGCGUCCAUCCCCCCUGCUGGGACCCUGAAGUUAGUCAUCCAACCAAUUGACCAGGUUCAGUGAUCCAUUGCCAGGCAGACAGAGAGCAUCCUCCGCUGCACCACUGACAGGGAACUAAACAAAUUAGACCUGACCUCUGAGUACAAAGCAGGGGUCCUUUCCUAUUGGAGAAAGAGGAAGUGAAAAAGAAAACAGAGAGUCCACGUAGCCGAGCAGCCGGAGCUCAUUCUCAUAAGAGUGCACCAAAAUAGUCCUGACCCAGCUGACAUGCUGCCAAGUCCAGAGUUAUCCCAGAUCUUCACACAUUCAUGUAUUAAAUAUAUGGAGGCCAAGGACACCAUUAAUAUUGUUAUAUAAUCCUUCCUAAAUACCUCCAGCCUGGAGCUGCACUGACCACAGAUCUCUGCAAUGAAAUUACAUAACCUUAAGCUGAUUAUGAAAUCGACUCCAGGAAGCAUGUCAUCUUGUGCUUCUAGCUGGUUCACUCUUUCCUUGAGUCAAUGAACACAAUGAGUGGCCUCCUCCUCCUCCUCAUGUCAGGUCUGUUACCAUAACAACCUAAUAAAGGCUAAAGAGGCCAUUUGAAAGUUUAAGAGCUGCAAAUAUUGACAGUGGAAAGCCUCGGGCUAACCAGCUAGCUAUGCUAAUCAGCUCAGGCUAGACUACAGAUUUGUCUGCUGUGUCUGCAGGUUUGCUGCUGAAUUUGUAUAAAAGAGCUUUCACGUUUAUAUUUGGCUUUAUUUUCAGGAAUAUGUGAAAAUCACAGAAUCAGAUUCUUGUUUUGUAUCCUAGCAGUACAAAUGAACCCAGUUCAAGAGCAGUGCCCCUCCAAUAUGCUGCUGAGUCUAUUAUUGUCAGGUAAAACAGGUAUAUGGUGAUGCUUUAAGGAUUCUUGGCAGGGAGAAAAAGAGAGAGUCCAGCAAAGAGCCAGUACAGUAAAAUAACAAAAAUUUGCAUACAGGAAUUUGCUCUUAAACUCAAAAUAUGAACAAGAACCCUGUUAUGUUAAAAAAAAACUCUCAAAAUGUCCCACUUAUACUCCCUUCAAAACUGUUUUACUAACUGCAAUACAGUAUUAACAGUCGCUGUGCUAUUGGCCAUUACCGUGUUUCUAAAUGAAAUCAUCACACAACAGAGUUUCUACUGCUGACAAACAAAAGUAUUGCAGAUGUGAGCGUUUUAUUUCUCUGUCCAUCUGUGAGAGUCAAACAUCCAACUAUGAGCAGUUAAAGCAGCCUUGGCAUAGCAGGAGUUUAUAAAGCUUGACUGAGGGCUCUCUGAAUCUGCUAACUCUGAUAAUACAUUAUUAUGACAGCUGGACAUGUGGGGUAAAGCUGUUGACCAGGGCUGCUCCUAGUUCACAGACACAUUUAUGAAUGGAUGACCUACAAAUCAAAAUAAAAGGACAGACACAGUAAAACUGGAAGAUGCUCUUCAACUGGUUCAAAUAGAGGAAUGAAUUUAGCUGGUGUUGUGCGAUAAAGCUGGAUUUAAUCUCAUGUUUAAAGGAUUAAAAAUGAACAGGUUUACUUUGGCCCCCUGAUCAGUGUCAUAGACUGUAUACUUGUUUGCCAUAAAGAUGAAGAAAGGUGGUCUGAUGUUGCACCUGGUCAGCUUUUCCCUUUCUUAGGAAAGGUGGCCAUUUUCACCACUCUGGAGUGUUCACACUUGGACCUUUUAAGAUCUUAAUAUCUGCACUCUCCUCAUCCUCGCCUUCAUCCGAGAUUCCUUCUCCACAGGAAUCUGCUGCAGCUGCAGUUAUAAACUUUCACCCUCCACAACAGCUAAUGGUUUAGAUUUGGGAAAGGAAACCCAGCUGAGACCAGACUCAGUAUCUUUGCCCUCAUGACCGGUCUCUUUCCUUUUUUAUUAAAGGACAUUUUAAUGCAAUGGCACAUUUUGUUUUAAUAAAUGCGAGCUCCAUGUUGGAGAUAGACCACGGUAGAGUUAAUGCAGGCAAUAUGAACUUAAGAGCCCAGGAUUAGGUCAUAACAGUCCUGUGUUGUUCUCUAUUUCAGUCCCCCUACAUCAUGAAAUCUGGAUGAUGGUUGCAUGAUUUCAGUGUGUUUACAGAGGCCUUGCUGUAGAGUUGUGGACACGGUUAUCUUCUUUCUUUCUACUUCAAGCCAGUCUGACUUGACAUUCACAAUCACAUUGACAGACAAUAAGAAAAGCUUUACAAGUCUGCCAACCUGUUAGCAAGAGCUCCUUAGCUGAGUCAUCCUGCUCUGUGAGAGAGGAACGGCACAUUCUUCCUCAGUUUUCAGGGAGUGGCUUUGACAUUUCUCUGCUUCCAUACUAAAUAUCCAGCAUCCCCUCCCUCGAUUAAUUUUUCCAGUUUACAAAUCCAGCCUUGAUAGGUGUGCAUGUGUUUGUUUCUGUAGCUCCCUUUGCUGUUCAAGGAUCGGCUGAGUUGUAUUUGCAUUUCAUCUUGCAGAAAUUCUGUUUUUGGAUCUUAACAUUAAAAUUCCAGGUGGUAUGUUUUUUGAUUCUUCAGGGAAGCAUCAAUAAAGAAAUCCCUGUCACAUCAAAUACUUAAAUAAUGUAACAGCUCACCUCCCCCACUUUAUUUCUUCAAACAGUUAUGUGUUGCUAAGCAACAUAAAAAAGAAUCAGUAGCCUGAUGUAAGUGCAAUGCAAAUGAGACAAAUACAAAAUACAAUCCUGCCAAAUAAAAUAAAUGUUUUAAAGGUAUAAGAUCUUUUAUUUCAUUGUUUUUUGUAUAUAUAUAUAUAUAUAUAUAUAUAUAUACACACACACACACACACACACACACACACACACACACAUAAUGAUACAGACCCACUUUGAUCAUCACCCUGGCUUUGACUUUUUUUAAUUUUAUUUUAUUUUAUUUUAUUUUUUAUUGGGGUUAAAAAAUAGCUUCAAGAAGCAGAUCAGACUGACACCCUAUAGAAUCCUUUUUGUCUUCAUUUUCAUCUCUUAACUGCAAGUUUUUCAAAGUACCUUUAAUUUUUUUUUCAAUGUUGAUCACAUUGGCUAUUUUCCACUCACCUCACAUACCUGCACCCACUCAACCAUCUUUACACCUACACACACACACACACACACAUCCUGCAGUCACUUAUUCUGUGUAUUUGACUCUGAGCAGUGUGUGUGUGUGUGUACCCAUGCAUGAGCUGCACUCAGCCAGACAGCUCAUCAAUGGCAGUGAGGGUUUUUUUUAUGUUACUAUGGUAACAGCUGUGAAAUAGCUUCAUAAGCGUGUGAAGUGCCCAUGUGUAGGGUGAAAUAAUGGAAGAAAACAUGGAAAUCAAGUGCAGGCAUAUGGACGAGAAAGACAAGCAGUUCAUGAAUGAGGCAGUUUGUUAAGAAGUAGAGGUGGAAGGACUAAUGAAGGACUGAUGAAGAUGAUGGUUGAGGGCAUUAAGACAAUUAAAAAAACAAAGUGUUUGUGCUUGUGUUUGUGUCUGGACCUGAAACACCCCUCUCUGGAGUCUUUUACGUUGAAACUCAUUUUGUCAGAGUGAUAUGAGAGUUUAGCAUGCUGUCUGCACGAGAAAAAAAAGAACCCAUCAAGAAUUAAGGAAGUGAAAGAGUCAGCUUUAUAUACUUAAGUUUGCACACAGCAUGAAUAAUUACACUUAACAACAAUCCAAAGAAAGACUAUUCAUGUUCAGGGGUAACUGACACAUUUUUCUCUGGGGGGCUUGAAAUUAAUGCAGAAAAGACACAAUAAAUACAAGAUGUAAGUAAAUCAAAUGAAAGUACUUGAUCUGUGUUUCAUAAGCUGAAUGAAAACAGCAUUUAUCACAUGGGCCCUUCUUUUGUUUGUUCAUGUAUUUGUUUGUUUCUGAGAGGUGUAGCCUGAAUCCAUGCUGGGUCUGAUCCUGACAUUUGCAGGGGAAGCAAAACAGCAUAACAAUAAUAAAAAUAAUAAUAAUAAUAAUAAUAAUAAUAAUAAUAAUAAUAACAACAACAAUAAUAAUUACAAUAAUACAUUUUCUUUGUAGUGCCCUUUACAUCAAGAGACCUCAGAGGGCCUACUAUUAGCCGAAGGCCUCUUAGAACAUGUUUCUUAAAACAAAAGUGUAAUUUCUCUCUGUGUUACUUGAUGCUGUUUAAUUUUGAUGCCCAAGCUCUUAAACUCUCAACUUCUCCUGCAAAGACCCCACACUGAGCUUUAUUUCUGGGUUCUGUCCGCUUGUCUUUGUCCUAUAUGAUGUAACAGGAUUUUUUGCAUGCCUAUCUCUUAUUUCUCACAAGGAUGGCGCCUUUUUGCUGCCACCACCUGGCUGGUGGUAUAUCAUAUGUUUUAGGUACAAUUACUUGCUCUCUAAGUAGCUUCUGUCUCUUGUGUUGGACAGGCAAAACGAUUUUCACCCCAGACAGAAAUAAGUGACCAAUCUGUAACUUUUGAUGAGUCAAGAAUUUUUACAAAAGUUUGUUCUUGGAUUGUUCUGUCUAACAAGGCCUAAAACAUCCUCUUUGUAAAGAAGCAGCUAAGUUCACGAAUCAGUAGACAGUCAUCAUUGUUAUCCCAUCUGUGCUUUCUUAACCUUUCGAUGUGGAGAGUGAGACAAGACUGUCAGUGGCUUCAUUUACUGUGAGAGGUUGAAAAUAUGUUCAGGGACACCAGCCUCUGCCAAACUAUGAAAACACUUUCUGACAGUAUCUGACAUUUACUUACAUUUACAGAAAUGUUUUUCUGUAAUUUAUCACCUUUUAAUGUUAGCUGCUUUCAGUCCCAAAUAGUGAUGUACAUGCAUGGGCUGUUGUUCUUUUACAACACAUACACAAACUACCAAACAUAUCUGUCUGUUUCCCAGUCUCCCUUUGACAACAUCAAUUUCCUUGCCAAGCAGCUUUUUCACACACACAAAAAAAACCCACCAUUUGAUUCCACUCCAAAAAAAGAAGCAGAAUCACUGUCAGUCAGUCACUUUGAAUUGAUUCUCACAAGGAUAGAGUGACCAUCACUCACAUGCAGACAGGCAGCUGAAAAAAUCCAUGUCCACACUCUUGUGGACUGCCAGCAGUGGCAUCCUCAGUUGGCUGAGCAUUUCAACAGGAGGCAGAGUGGUUUCAACCCUGAGUUGUGUGUGUGUGUAUAUAUGUGUGUGUGUGUGUGUGUGUGUGUGUGUGUGUGUGUGUGUGUGUGUGUGUGUGUGUGUGUGUGUGUGUGUGUGUGGUUUGUAAUAAAGUAGAUGACAGGGCCAUGGCUGUGGGUUCCAUUAGUGAGCCGUAUGUUGACAGACUGAGCUGUAAUCACUCUCUGGGUCAGUUGCAGGAGCAGCUCUUUCAUCACUUUACCAGUUUUUUUUUUUUUUUUUACUUUCUUCUUCAAACUCCAAAUUCGUGCAGUUUCAAUUGCUGCUAUAGUACAGUGCAGUCAAAACACAAACUCAAGGUUAUGUAAGGUAAAAUAUACAAAUGCUAUUCUUAUCAAACUUUGGCACCCGACUUUUUUUCAGCACAGAGAUCAAAAGCCAGUAUCCCUGAUGGUAAGAGGAUACCAAGGUCCUCAUGACCAGCAAGGCUGAACAAUAUAUUCAGGUUUAUGAAGCCAUACAAAGAAGUCAUUUUUCAGGGAUGACCUUAUAUAAUUUUGCAAAAAUAUUCUGAACUACAUCUUUCAUGUUACAACAGGAGGGCUUAGUAGUAGAAGAGACCAGGCACUGAACUGGUCUGUCUGCAGUCCUGAUUCUUCGCCCCUUGAAAGUGUUUAUCAUGUUUUUGGGGGCCAAAGGAGACCCUGAACUCUUCAGCAACUGAAGUCCUCAAUCAGGGAAUAAUGGGAAACAAGCUACUUUGAAAAGUUCAGAAACUGGUCUCUUAAAGGGGUAUUCCAGCAUAAAAUUAACUUGGGGUCAAACACCGUAACACCAAGUUAGACACCCCCUCUAGAAAUGAAUGUUGCAGACUGCUUGCUUCUCUAGUUAUACCAACUUCAACAACGACCGCACAACAGCAAUACACAGCAGUCUACGUCUCCACGUGCAAACCUCAACCAAAAAGCCACUCUAUAGCCACAAAUAAUGCUCAGAACAGCACCUAACUUCAUCAACAGUACAUAUAGGGUCCCAGCCAUAGCACUAGCCAUCAAUCGUCUUUUUAGCUUUGCCUGGUUUCUUUAGCAAAGAGACCAAACAAAACUUACUCACUCUCCUUCAGCAGCCACUUGUUUGUGGGGGAGCCCUGACGAGUCGAUCACGGAGUGCAGCAGAUCAUUUCCAUGAAGUAAUAAUCAUCAUAAUAAUCAUUUUGCACUGCAGACGUGGUAGUUCUUCUGCCUUAGCGUCAUAACCAGUAAAUGUUCUUCCUUGGGCUGCGAAACUCCGCUGGCUCCCUUUAAGUUCCCAGACGUUUACGGAGUGUUGUAAAGAGAAAAGGUGAUAGUGGAGCAGAUAAGUGACAUAAUCAUUCAGUUGGUGAUACAAGCAUGAAAAUUGGCAUGAGCAUUCUUCAUGGGUCACUUGACUAGAAAAGUGCCCCAGCUAUUUUAAAUUUCAAGAUGGCCGCCACCUAAGUGGAACAAUUAGGUGAUGUACUUGUUAAAUUGGUGAUAUAGCCAUGAAAAUUGGUAUGAACAGUCUUCAUGAGUCACUGUGCCCAAGCUGCUUAAAAAUUCUAAGGUGGUGACCAUUCAAAAGGUGGCUGCCAUCUCAUCAGAGCAGUUAAAUGAUGUAAAGUUGGUGAUAUAAACAUGAAAAACAGAAAGACCAUUCUCCAGGAGUGACUUAACAAGAAAAUGCCCCAAGAUGCUUCAUAAUUUUAAGGUGGCAACCAUUCAAAAGAUGGCCUCCAUCUUAUUACAGCAGUAAUAUCAUGUAAAGUUGGUGAUAUAAACAUGGAAACAUUCUCCAUAAGUCACUUCACAAGAAAAUAAUUGACUGUGUUUUGUCCAACUCCUUGCCAUCUUUAAAUGGCCGCCAUCUCCUCAGAGCAGUUAAAUGAUGUAAAGUUGGUAAUAUAAACAUGAAAAUUGGUAAGACCGUUCUACAUGAGUAACUUGGAGUAACUAUGAGUAACAUUUGACUGCUCUGAUGAGAUGGCGGCCAUCUUUAAAUUGGCUGCCAUCAGGAAAUUUCAAGCAGCUUGGGGCAUUUUCUUGUUAAAUGACUCAUGAAGACUGUUCAUACCAAUUUUCAUGGCUAAAUCACCAACUUAACAAGUACAUCACCUAAUUGUUCCACUUAGGUGGCGGCCAUCUUGAAAAAUGGCUGCCAUCUUGAAAUUUCAAAUGGCUGGGACACUUCUCUAGUCAAGUGACCCAUGGUGAAUGCUCAUGCCAAUUUUCAUGCUUGUAUCACCAACUAAACGAUUCUGGCUAAAAUUUGUACUUGGCUGCUGCACUAUGAUGUUCUCCUUGCUUUAAGGGAGCACAGAGUAAAUAUCAGGAACGUUUGGGACCAAAAUAGUAGCAGUUUCAAGCCCAAAACCCCUGGAUGUCAUAUUUGAAAUUCAAUGCCAGACUAACUGGAAGAUUAUUUGACUGUUUUAGGAAAAUGCUGCAGCUGUAGAUGAUCAACCAGUUUGUAGAAGCAGGUUAUCUAACAUCCUUAGUGGCUUUCCCUUCGCAUAUACUCUGCUGACAUUGAGGAGUUUUUCUCAGUGAGUGCCUCAGUUGAACCUUGAACACAGAAGCUGUGCUUUUUUAAACCUGCCAGAAUAAGAUCAUACAGUCACUGGAAAGGAGGCACAGUGGAAUACCUGCUCCCAAAGACCUUGGUUGGUAUGAGUUUACAAGUGAGUCAUUCCCUGAGACAUUGCAGACUGAAGGCCAGGUCAUUUUAUGCUCAAGAAUAUCAACACUUCAUGUGACAAAGGCUCCAUACUACAUAUCUGAAAAAGCUCUGAACAAACACUUGAGUUGAUGCUGCAGGUGGACAGAACACAAGCUCAGUUAUGCUCUUGCGAUGUGAGCCCUUGAUUACACUGACAAUGUUUAUACCUUAAGCAGCUUCAGUUCCAAUGAAGCUGGCACAUUGUGUAAAACAUGAAUAAAAACAGAAUACACUGACUUGUAAAUCCAAAGAAAAGCAGGUUCAGGGUCAUGUUUCUCUCUGUGUUUCAUCACUUUUCCGUUAACAACACUUAGUAAGUCUGUGAACUGUGGACGACAACUGUAGAAGCUUUGGAGGUGAAGGCUUUUACAGUCUUGAUUGAGGAACCACUUCAGCUGAUCCACGGUCCAGGUCUCUGUUGUGGUAUUUUGAGCUUCAUAGUGCUCCACUGUGUUAACUGAUAAUGGUUUUCUGAAGUAUUUUUUGAAUUACUCAAAGAUUCAUCUGCAUAUAAACUCUUCAAGAGGGUCUGUCAUACAUUAAAGAGGGUCAGUGGAAGAUUCCCAAGUGUUUAGAGAACAAAUGAAUUCACUGAAUCAACAGUUUAUGAGAUGUUCAUUCAGGUGUUUUACAGCUGUGGGACCUCAGAGACCCACAGCUUCACUGUCACUUCAGCCUGAGAAUAAAGAGUUUAUGAGCAGUAGAGUGACUUGUAUUGUCAGGGUGAUUAAGUGUGGCUUCAGCUGUAUAGAAAUGAUGACACAUCACCAGCUGUAUUGUAUAUCCCUCACUUUGAAUCAAACCAACAGGGACUGUGAGCUUUCUCCUGCUCAGCACAGAUCAGCUCUGUUUCUUAAAGGCUCAUGAAUCACAGGCCUGUAUUUGACUCUUUCAUCUGAGGGCACCAGCUUGUCUUUCAUUGCUGCUGAAGUAAAUUCAGAGUGUGUAGAGAUUUUAUAGACUACUUACAUCCAUGCUGUGCACAUGGUUGUGUGUGUAAUGGCAGUAAGUGCACAGAGAUGUUUUCCAUGGAAAUUUCCAGUCGUAAAAAUAAAAGGCUGGGGUUUUAUUCCUGAUGAAGAAGAUUUGCUGAGGAGUUUGUGACGACACAGCAGCUGUGGUCUUUGCUUCAUCUGAUGACUGAUGCAUAGAGAAAGAAUUAAGUCACCAAUUACAGAGUUAAGUCAAAUACCGCCGGUGUAUCUCCUAAACAUUCUCAGAUCAUGUCUUUUAAAUGGACUUGGGCUUGUUAUGUAAACAAUAUAACCUGUAGGAGUAUCGACCAUUUCAUGCCCAGAUGCAAGGAAGAGUCAGAGUUUAGCAUUUUUUCCGUAAGUAAAAAUAUCAUUAAGAGGUGAAAUAGUAGGAACAAUGACAGACAUCUGUCAGCUCAGGUUAGCUAUGAUGAUAUAUCAUUGACCAUCCUAAAACCGAACGCUCUCUUUUUCAGCUGUGUGCGCCGAUAAUCGACAGAACCAACAGUCAUGGGGAAGCAGAACAGCAAGCUCCGUCCUGAGGUGAUGCAGGACCUCCUGGAGAGCACCGACUUCACAGAGCAUGAGAUCCAGGAGUGGUACAAGGGCUUCCUGAGGGACUGCCCCAGCGGGAACCUCUCCAUGGAGGAGUUCAAGAAGAUCUACGGGAACUUCUUCCCUUACGGAGAUGCUUCCAAGUUUGCAGAGCACGUUUUUCGCACAUUUGAUGCUAAUGGAGAUGGGACGAUAGACUUCCGGGAGUUUAUCAUUGCGCUCAGUGUGACGUCACGUGGCAAGCUGGAGCAGAAGCUGAAGUGGGCCUUCAGUAUGUACGACUUGGAUGGGAAUGGGUACAUCAGUAAAGCUGAGAUGCUGGAGAUUGUUCAGGUGAGUUUGCAUGAGAGCAGAGAGACACACAACACAUUGUCAUACUGAGUUAAAUGAGAAAAAAAAUAAACAAACUCAGAAGCUCACAGAUCAUCAGAAAAGACGACAUGUGUGUUUGAAGUGUGGUCUCUGACUUUGAACCUAUUACCAACAUUAGCCAGGGCAGUAAUUGUUUAACACUGUUCUGCUAACGGUACUGCCACUGAGGCCAUAUCACAGUCUUUACAAGACCAGAAAGAAGGGUGCUGGAAUUAAAAAGCAGGAAGGCAGAGCUGGAGGGAGAUCUAAAAGACUUGGAGGCAGAUAUGCUUCAUCCAACACAUGAUUCCUGUGAGAUAAGCCCUUCAGGACCUCAUUUAACUCCAACAAUGUACUUUAAAGAUGAGUUGAAAAUGUUUCUUUUCCUGACUGUAAAAACAGUCAGGAAUUUAAAAGCCUUCCUCCCUUAAUGUGGCUUUUAGUCUUAUCUGGGAGGAAAGGAGAGAUUUCCAUCUGCUCCAAAAUAGAGCUGAGGUUUGGUCCAGUACACAAGGAAAUGAAAAUCAAUUCAAACGCGUAGAAGGGUCCAGUGUCUGAUCAACUUCUGUUCUAUCCUAAUCAGUGAUGCUUUUAGUUCAGGUUUCUGUGUUUAGCAGCUCAGCAUAGAGGCUAUAUGUGGCCUGGUUGCACUGAAAAAAAAAUGUUUACGGAGGGACCAAUGAUGAUAUUUCUCAUGUAAACAACCCCCACAGCUACAUGCACUAUUUAAGCACAACAGAGGCCUCAGCCCGCCCUUUACAUCUGAUUGACUACUUUGAAAUCCUAAACCCUGACUGGCCAGUUGUCUUGUCAAAGACAGGACUUGCAUUGAAAUUAAGAGAUUCAGUUGUCUUUGAAAAGCCUCCAGUAGCUUGUUAACAUUUAAGGUGCUUUUUGCAGUGGCCACAGUGGACAAACAUCUUCUGUUUGUCUCCUUAAAGAAUGAGGUUCAGCAGACACCUUUUGCGUUCUUAUAUCAGUUUAAAAAAAAAGAUGUGGUUAGUGGAGAUAACUCUCCUAGUCUUAAGUCCGCCCUUCAUGUUGACUUUGUCUGACCUCUCAGGUCAGAAAAGUCUUGCUCCUCCACUGAUCCAAAGCCAGCCCAUAUCAGCUGACAGCUCACCUGAUUACUUUCCAUGCAUUCAACCAGCCAGUGUCAAUUAUUUAAGCCCCAGCUCCACCUUUCAUGACUUUAUCUGACUUUAAAAGUGUCACAUGUAAUGUCACUGAUGCCUGCUUUGUUCUGUACCCUGGGCUCUUUGCUGCUGUUCUCCCUGCCACAGGCUCUGGCAUAAGUUUGCAGAAAGAAAGGCAAGGAGCGCUCAGAACUUAGUAUAACCAGCUAAAUUACAAUAAUUUAUUCUCUCUUUCUCUUAUUUAUUACUUCCUCCUCAUUUGUGAAGCUCUUAGCUGCAUCUGCUUCAGUUUAACAAAUUUCUACAUCUUAUUGAGCAUCAUGCUUGAUUUGAGGAACUGUAAAAGACCAUUUUGUUCAUCUUUUUCAAACAUGUCUCUGAUUUUCCCUUGCCAACCUGUGGCAGAGUCUUUGCAUUUAAAGCCGUACUCCUCAGAGCUGUUUUUGCCCAACCAGGUGGAACCUAGUGGGGGGUGAAGACUCCUCAUCACUGAUAGUACAGGUACAGUCACUGGGGAGCUGAGAUAAUGAAGCCAACUUCCCUCAUUUAUGUCAAGGUUGCCAAAGCCAAUCAUAGACUAUAUAAAUCUAUAAUGCAGCACAUGUGCCCACACCGUAUUACCACUUCAAGGUUAAUUUAGACUCCCUGCCUGAAGACUGCGCUGACUGAGCCCCCAUUUCUUUCCACUAACUAUAGAAGUCCUCUGCCCACUUUCCAUCAAAGGGUUGUUCUGUUCACAAGGACAAAAGAGAAGAAAGUAUGACUCAGAUUCCCAUGUCUGGCUGUCUGCAGGGCUCAUCAUUGCAUUAAGAGUACAGAGGGUUUAAAGGUUUAUUGUUUGGCCUUUAGAAACAGCUAGAAAAAAAAAAACAUACAGCACAGGAAAAAUCCGAGCUGGAAACAUAAACAUGCAAUUCUCCACACCUGUACUGACAUGGCCAGCAGUUGAAAAUGCAUGUCUCCGGGUCUUCAUGUUUGUAUUCACACCUUCCUCCAUUUGCUGUGGUGACUGGGGCUGAAGCUCACUCCAGCAAGUUAAUGGCCUCUCGUGCAGAGAGUGUGUAAAUGAUGGUGAGGCUCAUAAUUAGCCUUGCUGUGGGAGUAAUUGAAUGAGAAAAAUUGCAUCUGGCUCGGCUUAUUUUCUUCAUAUAAUGGAAAAAAGUCUCCUUUGGCGAAUAGCAAAGCCUGAAUGCAGGGAGAAAGAUAAACCUAUGUCCUCACUCAUCAAUAGUUGAUAUCCAACCUCUGUGUUUCUUUCAUCAGAAAUGAGGCGCUCUCAUCCCUGCAGACAGGCUCAGAGGGGAGUUCAUUGUCUUGGUUGGUAAAGAGACAGCAUUCAUACUGGUUAUUAGUGAGAUUGAACAAAGGGGAGAUGAGUAGUUCCCCUCCCAGGCUGCUCAGGCAGAUAUAGUCAUUAUAGGAAACACAUAAAUCUGUGAUGGGGGCGAGGACAGGCUCAUUGUGUAUGUUUACUGUGAAAGGACUCCGAGUCCGAGUUCAUGCAGAUAAGUAACGAGUGGACGACCUCCCUCACUCUUUCCAUUGAAGGCUCAUUGAAACUCUGCAUCCCUGUCUGUGACGAUUUCUGCAUGUCACAAUGCAGACAAGUCAAGUGAAAAAGGUAUUAAGGUUUGUUUGAUUAUGCUCGCCUCUCCCUCUCAUUCAUAAGUGUCCACAGCUGAGAAUCUGGAUCUUUGUGCUGUUUUUACUCAAUCCAUCACUCCACUGUGGUUCAGGCUGCUGCUGCUGCUGCUGGCCCCACAGGAGACGAUGUUGUGUUCUUGUCUGAUCCACACUGAAGUGGUGUGAAAGAGCUGUCUUUUUUUCUCUUUGUGGCAGACGGGUUAUAAAAUAGAUUCAGUGAAGUCUGACUCAGAUAUAAAAAUAUAGACCGACUUUACAAAGUAAGAGGCUCACUGGGAAAGAGGGAAAGGCAGUGUUUGGGUAGUUUUCAUUGUUAAAUGUUAUCAAGGAAAUGAAGAUAAACCUUAAAAAGAGAAGACAAAAGAGAUGGACAACUAAAGAGGAAGUACACAUCAGCCGGCAGGGUGUUGUGUGUGAAAAGGAAAAAGAAAAAGUCAUUUAAAGAGAAGAAGAAGAAGAACUUUAUUGAUCCUGAAAGGAACUUCAACAAUUAAUAAUUAGGACCAGAUUUGUGUCUGUGGGACAGGGACAAAAGAUCAAACCUAAAACUCCCUCAUCACAUGUCGGCCUUAAGAGCACAGAGCUGCUUUUGUUUGGUGUUUUUGAACUGCCGUCAAUCCUAUAGACAGGUUUCUGUGCAACGUUAUAGCAGGUAUGCGCGCACAGCCAGGGGGCAGAAAGCGGGACAUUUCUUAUUCAUUUACUAGCGGAGUCAACAGAGAAAGAAAAUGACAAGGAGCUGUUGUGCUGUAAACUGCACAAACCGACAAAGGGGUGGAUAGAAACUGUUCAACAGCCCGAGCAGAUCUCAUCCCUUUGCCAAGAGAAGAAGAUUGUGACUCCAGGCCAUUAAAAGAGCAGAUUGGGGUCCUUAAGGUCCAAAAGGUGGCGAGAGUCUGUGCAGCAUACAGCGUAGAUCCCUGUGCAUGUACACCCAGGCAUCAUAAGGUUUUGCCUUUCCUCUUUGUUUCUGGCUGGGCAGGACACCUGCUCUCAGAGCGCAAAACCCUGAACUCGAGUCAUAACAUUUGAAGUUUUGGACAUGGACACAAAGUACAUAAUUAUACGUGUCCAAAGAUUUGUAUGCACGCCAACUGUCUUUUGUGUACACAAGAGGAUUCUAAAUGAAAUGAUUAUAGAUGUCGGGCCAUAUUAUAGCUGGCCAUUUGGACAUAUCUGCAAUCCAUUCUUCAAUCAGACUAUUAUAUGGGUCUGGUCAUUACUCAGCAGUGCUGAAGACAAGCACAGGUGGCACAGGCACUGGCUUUUGAACUGGGAGCUGAUAACAAACCUGGUGGUCCCUUUUGUGUUUAGAGUGAAGAAUUCAGAGUCCAGGAUGUCAAGUUGAAUUAUUGGUUUUUGGAAGGGGUUUUGAGCCUAUGCACGGGGGCCCACCACAAUGAGGACCUGAAGAUCACAGUCAUCCAGAAUUGAUUCUCACUCUUGUCCCUUUUGUACAGACAUUUCUCUGGACUCCCUGAGCCCUAAUCGUGAUAUGUAUACUGUGGAUGAUGAACCCCCAAUUUUCUGCGAAUGCUCUAAGAGGAAUAAGAUACUAACAUUGAUGAGCUACUUGCUGAUGCAGUCUCCCAGUAAGUGGUGAAACUAACUUGCUGUAAAUUAACCUUAUCAGUCUGGAAACGUCCCAUCAGGUGUUUCUUUUUUUUUUUAGCAUUCCUUUGUUUUGUCUUCUCUGUCCUAACUUUUGUGAGACUUGCAGCGUGCUCCAUUUGAUCAUUAUGAAUGAUCUUCCCUCCAGGUGCGGGUUCAGCAGCACAGAGUGUCAGUCAGUUUAUCCUCAUCAUCCUUAAGCCACUCUGCUGUCACUGCUUAAAGAUGGAUCAGGACUAGCUGUUCCUUAUUUGUCUGGCUGUCAUUCAUUAACACCACAUUGUCAGGACUCUCACUUCAGUAACAUCCAUCCCACUAUCCUGCUGGCCUACCUAUUUUGCUGCUCAUAACAAAAUCGACUCAAUGGGAAGAUUAGACAGUUCCACACGCAGUGGUUACACAAACUGUUGCUCUAAAAAUACACACAGCUAUUAAACUGAGUCAAUCAAUAUUUAUUUGUAUUGAGCUGGUUCAUAACCAUUGUUAUCUCAAGAGGCUUCACAAAAAGAGUUGGUCCAGACCAGACCCUUCAUGAGAUUUACAGUGAUCCAGACCUGAAUCAGAUCUAACUAUCAGCUUUACCAUAGAGGAACAUUUUAAGUCUACUCUUAAAGGUAAAGAGGGUGUCCAACCCCUACACCUGGGCUGGUAGAUGGUUUCAGAGGACAGGAGCCUGAUCACUGAAAAACUGUUUUAGUGGCAAAGUUAUGAUCAAAUUUGUGAGAUUCUGAUUGUCAUAUAAAUGUCCUGUUGAAUGAAAUGAUUUUAAACUAUUGCUGGUAAAUGAUUGGGAAAGUAAAAAAUCUUCAGUGUUAUGUCUUUCCUCCAAAUAACUAAGUAGGUCAAACAUCUUAUCAUACAGCUGUACAGUUGUCUUUACUGUCCAGACUGGACAGAUACUGAUGGCAUUAUCUCUUCUGUCUUUUCCAUCAGCUGUUUUCGUUGCCAUGGUUUUUAAGUGCGUACCCUGCUCUCUGUUUAUUGUUACCGCUGCAGACGUUCCAUGGUGUUAUCGUAUAAACCAUAUACUCACUUAGAAAGACUUUUGGAUCUGACAUUACUACACUCACACACAUUUGAAGCUGUGUUGAAUAUUAACACCAGCUUUAAACCACUUCAAUAUUGUGGUCCAUUCAUAUAUUUGAAUAGUUUUGAGACACAGAGGAGCUCUAUGGCUCCUGACAUUUUCUGCAGCACCAUGUGUACCGAGGGGUACUCAUAGUGCUGUGUACUUUGAGUUCUGCUCUCAUUAGUUGGAUGUAAUGUGGGGAUUAAAACAACAUUGCUCUGGAUUGCUCAGGAUAGGACCAGAUGUUAAAUCCCUCACAUGUUCCAUUGGCUUAAUGUUCCUUUUACUCUCAUUAGUUUAAAGGCUGGAUUAAUCAGACAUUUCACCAGACUGAAAUCAAGACUCAUAAUACCCAGAGCUGUUUAAUGUUCAUGAGCUAGAGUGACCCAGAGCUGCACCACCAUCCGGCUACUGUGGUGUAACAGAAGUCAUAACCAGCACCUAUUUAAAGCCCUCAGUGCACUCACUGUAAUCACAAUCAGCCCUCUUCUGUUCACAUGUCAGCUCCCAUUCCCUUCAAAUCCACCUCCUUGUUAGAAACAGAGAGAAUGAGCUGUGCUCUCACUGUUUCCUGCCAAAUGAAAAUGCAACACAGGACAGAGGAGACUCCGUGCAUACAAACCUUCAGAUCCAUCAGUGAUAAAGACUACAGCAUGUUGUCACAAUAUUAGCUGAACAACUUCGACGUCCAGCUGGUGGUCUCAGUCCUCUCUGAAGUGGUGAAUACAGUGGCCAGUUUUGACAUGGGAAAACCCCAAGGCAGUGUUUCCACUUUUCCUCAGUCCAUCUUCGAUCGACUUCAAAGUCUCUGGCAUUUCUGGAUCAUAUUUGUAUGAUAGAUUUAUCUUUGCAUGGUUCUGAUCCAAUGAACUGUGGUCAGGGACACUGUUUUUUGGUGGAGAUUUUGAGCCCAUGCAGUGAUUUCCAUUUCUGAGUCAUGCUCGUUUUUAUGGAGUGCUCCCUGUAGAUCACAGCUAUUCAGAUUCUCUGAACCUUUGAAUGAUAUGAUGUACUGUAGAUGAUGAUCCCCACUCUUUCUUUCACAUUUGACACUCAGGAACAUUAUUCUGGAUUUGUGCAACAUUAGCUCCAAUUCAUUUAGAUGAAUUAUGUACAUUGUUACAUCAAGCUGGCAGCAAAAUGUUAUUAAGACACAAGAACCAUCGUGUUUAAUUCGCAGUAUUCAAACAGUAGGUGAGGAAAAUACUGGCGAGGAGAAAAGCAGCGCUUACAAACAGCAUGCACAACAGGGUGUGAUUUCUGAGCAAGUUAGGAGUGGACUCUGGAUGCACCACAGCUGUGAAAACCUGGUUUUAAAUGUCUCAGUAGCUAAUUUAGCUAGAACUGCUUUAUUUAGACAUACUGGCUAAGAACUGGAUCGAUAAGCUGAAGAUCCACUUGGGUUAAAGCUUUGGUACAACAUUUCUUUUGAAAGAUCCAUGCAGUAAUUUCUCAUCAUUUGACCUCACUUGUGUCCCUUUACAGGCAAUCUAUAAGAUGGUGUCAUCAGUGAUGAAGAUGCCUGAGGAUGAGUCGACACCUGAGAAGAGGACAGAGAAGAUCUUCAGGCAGAUGGACACCAACAGAGACGGUAGGAUUGUUUUAUCUGCUUUUAUUUAGAAGUGGAUUUUGUGUCACUGAGGCAAACCAUUGUACUAACUGAAAAGAGAGACCAUGUAAUCGUUUAGAUGGAUAGAUAGUCAGGACCCCUUUCAAUUGAGUCUCAAUACUAAAAAUAAAAAAAGGUAAGGAGGCUGGUGAUAGUGGGACAUUUAUGUGAUUGAAGAUAAUAGAAAAUCCUUUGCUUCUCUUGAAACCAGUCAAUUCUGAUGCAUUAGUUCACUGAAUGAUGGUGAAAAAGAGCACAACCAGCAUCGAAGGCUUGUCGCUGCCACCUGGCUUGCCAGCAGCUGUUGUCAUUGUCCACUACAGAGGCACUUGCAGAGCCCUCCAGCCUGAAGCAGCAGUUCAUUGACUCCAGAAAUCACACCUGACCCGAGAUAGUAGUCAUAUACAACACACUGGUGUGUAUACUCUACCCACUCGUAGAUGAGCGUGCAAUGCAAACACCCCAGGGAGCAAAAGAGGAGCGGAGAGCUGGGCAGUGAAGAACGAAUGUGAAGUAGAGGAGGAGAACACAGUGGAAGGUUGGAGGAGCGAGGAAGAGGAGGAGAGAAGUGAAGGAGGGAUACAGUAACAGACUGAAUGAAGGAGCAGAGCUGAGCUGUCAGACUUUUCCUCUUUCUCAUGACAAUUAAGAGGAGUGAGUGUCAAUGGCAGCAUGGUGAAUCUCUCUGUUAUCAGUGUAGACCGCAGGAAGAGGAGCCCACUCAACAGUGCCAUCUGUUGGUGCAAAGUGAAACAGUGCCAGGAUGUAGUAAGUGAGACACAGAGGCACCUCAGUGAGAUAAAUAAUACCAGAGUGAACUAUGAUAUGACAUUAUUCAUUAUGUAAACUAAUGCUGAUGUCACUAAAUAGUAUUUGUCCCUUUUAAACAGAGAUGUUUGGCAGCUUUCUCAGUCGGAGUAUGGAGUAUAUGAACAGAAUGGAUCACGUUUUUUCAAGGGUUUGCCUCACUGUCUCAAUUAUAGGGCAAUAAAACAAUAACCAAGUGAAGUUAACAUAAACAAAGAGCAGAGAGAUUAGCUAAAUCAUGAAUCCUUUUUAAGUCGGCCAUUUGUCAAAAGCUCGAAAGAUGCAUUCUCAGAGGUCUUCAUUUACACAUUCAAAUAUCUCUUUUCAAGCAUUGUUCUGUUUUAAUUUUAAUAAUCAUGCCCUGCAGCUCAGUAAAUACAUCUCUAAAUAUGUAAAAGCCUCGAGAGGACCACCCAGAAAAGCAUAGUCAAGAACUUGAAUCAGGAGGAGUGGGCUGAGGCUGGAGUCAGGGUAUCAAGUGUCAUCACACACAGACAUCCUCAGUAAAGAGACAACAGGUCUAGUAUGGAGCCACUCCUGAACCAGAGACACUGAAAGUCAUUUCUGCUUUUCAGUUUGAAAUCAAAGUCCUGGAGUGUGUAGGAAGACAGGAGGAGCACAGAGACGGAGGUGUUCAUGACGUGAAGUUUUCACAGUUUAUUGAGGGGCUGAUUUCUCUUUAGCAGGACUGAAAAACAGCACUCUGACCAUGAUUUGACUGUGUUUUACUGAAAUCCAAUUUGCCUGACCCUGACUCCAAAAAUACAGACGAGCUGAAGGAAACUAUCAGUGUAACCUGGAUCUCUAAACACACUGUAUCCCCAUACACUGAUGUGGUGAUUUUGGCACAGAAAUUAUCACACAUUUCAGAUGUUGCACAUUCCUGUAUUUUAGGUCUGAAAAUAUUUCAUUGUGUGUGUCGUGAUCAUACAAGAAAGUUGACCUUUUUCAGUGAAACUGCUGGGAAAGGGGAUUUUUUUUUUGAGUAUCCUCCCUCUGGCUUAGUCCUCUGCUAUGCACUCGUAGACAGAAAGACAACUUCAAUGAUAACACUGUGAAUUCUCUUCUGACUUUGGGCUGGUGUUGUCUGUGUUUCAGGCAAGCUGUCCUUGGAGGAGUUUAUCAAAGGAGCGAAGAGCGACCCCUCCAUCGUUCGCCUGUUGCAGUGUGACCCCAGCAGUGCCGGACAGUUCUAGACAUGAGGCAUCAACACAAUCUGUAAGACCCACAUUCAGCACGUGCACCAGCAGCACAGCUAACAGUAAAGGCUUCAGAAAACUAAACUUUCUGCAAGCAGGGAUGUGUUGCAAGUUCAGCUAGGUGAGAAUACGAAGGCGGCUGGAUGGUGUUAGUUUGAGAAAGAGCUGUUAGCAGGAAGGCGGAGGAUCAGCCUCGGGAAUGACGGUGGCUCUCCAAAGAGCAGCCAAGCCUCCCGGCAGUGAUGAGUUUUGCUUGAGGGAAGCUAUUCAGAGACUGUGAGCACCAUGCAGGAUGUGGGCUGGGUCAUCCACCAUGUCACUGGCUUUGUGGCUGCUUGAAGUUCAUGGACUGAUAUUAGAGACUUUGUGGGAGGUGGUCUGUUAUUUUGGAGGAGCUGUAAAAGGUGUUGAUGCUCUGAAGAAGCUUCUUACAUUUAAAACCUCCAUGUGUAGGAUUGGUCCAUCCCUGAAGCGCUGUCUGUGGAGGCACUUCUUGUAAAGAUUCCAAGUAUUCUCUUGAAACAUUAAAUCUUUUCUAAAGUUUAACACAAGCAUCUGUGUUACCUCUUCGUGGACAUUUACAACAAUUUACACAACCACUCACUGCAGCAGAGUCAUGAUGUGAGUCUUUACUUUUAUGGCACAAGUUAAUUUCUCAUAAAUGAGGCUGUGUGAACGUGCCAAGAAACACUUGUUUUCUGCUUCAUUAAAGGUGUCCUCUGGCAUUAGACUUGAAGUAUGCUACAGAUAAAAAUGAUCAAAGUAAAUUUAGCAAAUAAACUUUUAUAUGCAGUUGAAUGAUCAGUAAUUUCUGACAUUAGGGUGCAAUGACUAUUUUUGAUGAAUAAGCUUUCUGUCGUUAAUCAAAUUAGUGUGUUAUUAAAACAGUCAGGCAUAUAACGUAUGAAAAUAAUACAGAUUUCUGUUAGAGGAGAAAUCCUGUUUCUGGAGUAGUCUCAUAAUUCCACUGCAGGCAGGGAGUGCAUUUUAAAGCCAAUGUUGCUGCUUUUUCAAAAACUUCAGUUAAUCAGAGUUUCAGUCUCUUAUGGGUGCUAGUUUUUAUUAUGUCAGUUACACUAAUGAAGUGUAAGGGCUUGUGUCCACUCAGAGCAUUUUUGCCAAAGUAGCACCAACAAAACUGAAGUGCCUUUCACUGAUAUUUACUGUUGCUAGGUUACAAAAGUUGGUCCUUCUGUGCACAAGCUCAAAACAAUUCAGGGUUUUUUAAGCUGCUCCAAGUGCUUCAUAUUUGCUUCCAGUUCACAUUAUUUCUUUAAUAAAGCAUAAAAGUAUAGAUAGAAAUAUUAGAAAAGGGGUUAUGGCAUUAAUGAAUCAAUCAGUUCAUUUAUUCAGCACCAAUUUACAACAACUGUUAUCCCAAGAUGCUGAACAAAGAAAAGCUGGUCUACACCAGACUCUAUUAACAAAGACCCAGAGUAAAGAUGGGAUCAGACUGAACUGAGCCCCAUCCUGUAAGAUCAGACCCACUCCCAUCCUAUCUUAAUCCACCAUGGGUGAAACACUUUACAGCAUUUAUCAAGUUACAGGGGAGAGGAAGAGCUUCCUUCAACAGGCAGAAACCUCGUGCAGAACCAGACUUAUGUUGGAAAGGCAUCUGCUGAGAAUAAGCUGGGUUUAGAGAGGGGAGAGAGGGAGAUGGAGAAAGAGAGAGAUGUUUUUUGGAUCUGCUCAAAGUGAUCUUGGACCACUGUGGUCCAGUUAGUGAGGACUAGGGCAGAUAGUACCACCAGGUGAAGCAGAUCAGUCAAUAGUUCUUUAAUGUGGUAAUCGAUGUUGUUCAUGUUGUAGAGCGGGAAAAGUUCAUCAUACUGUUUAAAUGAUGUUGUGCUCUGGUCAUUUCCUGUGAUCAGAUGACCCUGAAGCACUUGAACUUUAAUUGGGAACCAUGAGCAGCAACAUGAAAUAACAAUGAACAAACUAAAUCCUUUACCUCUUUCCCUCUCUUUGCAGUGCUUCUUUGGGUUACUCUCAAUGCCCUAAACUCUCCACUAAGGAGCAGACUGAUGAUGAUGAAGAAUGACAAGCUGAUGACCAUGAAGAUGAGAGGUUUUUAAUAUGCACUGAGGACUUCAAAGAUGAGCAAACAGAGCCACAUACUCCAGUCCACCUCCCUGAGCUAUUUAUCUAAGCCCUCCUGAGCCCAACAAAAACUGACCCUGACCCAAGCCUCCAGAUCCCUCAUCGUCUUAUCCAGAAUCUGCAGAUUAUAGUUGAUAAUGAUCCCUCAGUCCUCCUUUAGGCAUGUCAGAGUAAUAGGAAGAUCCCAGUAGGUUGUAUAUACAGUGUUAACUGGAGUCUCUGUAUCUGUGUCUUUGCGUGGCUCUCUGUACCAUCUGAGGCUCCAGCUAGGGCCACACAGACCCUCUGUCACCUGUAUGUGUACCAUAGACAGAGUGUGUGCAUGAGGCAGCAAAAAAGAAAGAUGAGUUUAUUCAAUCACAGCUCCUACUGUAGGUGGAGUCAUUUCAUCUGCAGAGAGGACUUGUGAAACAUGUUCUUUACCUGGAGCGAAUGCUGCUUUUAGUUUUCUUUUUUCUACUGUGAGAAUGUGUACACGUUCAAAUGUUUUUCAAACUUGAUGGACUUAGUUUCCUAUUUUGUGCUGGGACAAAAAUGGGACAUGAAAAUGUUAUAAUAUGGUUUGAUGCAAGUGCGCCCCAACCAGUGGUUAGUUAAGUGAAAUCCCUCUGAUUUUACUGAGAACGAAACAUCCUGUCAACCGUCAUCUGUCCCAGUGGUUUUCACCUCAGCAUUGGAUUGGCUGAGAGUCUCAGGGUGUCAGUGUGUCACUGCGCUCUAGCUUAGAGAGUCUAGAAAGUAGUCUGCAAAGUCUUUCAGUGCAGUGUAGAUAUAGUGCACCUAAAUUUGUAAAGCAGAAGUCCAGACUGCUCAGUUCAUGAGGAAUGUUGUUUAUACUCAAAAAGUGUUGAUCUAAGUUGUUUCAGAAUGUUAAGCAUGCAAGCCAUUUCCAUUUCUGACGUAAACAUGAGCAGAGACACUUCUGCAGACUUCCCUUUUAGAUGUUUUUAAAUGCCGCAUGUUGAAUCAGUUGUGAACAGUGGGCUGCAGAGGUGAACAAACUAAAUAACACGUAUGCAUGUGACUUACGUGCAUGUGUGUGCUCUUGUGUAUUUUUUAUGAAUAUCAGCAGCUAAUCAGCCGGUCACAAACCCAGCUCCGAGCCUGCUUCUCUAUGUUAGUGUUUCAUCAUUAGUGCUACUAGUAGUCAGUGUUACUGCCUGAGCUGACACCGUUUUAGGAGGACCACAACGCACAACAAUCUUUACAAAUGAAGGCACACUGUUAAGAAACAACCCAGCUGAGAGCUUUUUUACUCUUUAAGAUGAUCACAGUGUAAAAGAUGUGUUCAGAGUUUAAACAGCUCCUCAGUUAAGACGCUGAGUACACGUUCUUUAAAAAAGGAGUGAACACAGGAGACAGUAUUAUAAAAAAGAACGAGUGGCCUUCCCGCCUGGCUAACAGCACCCAUUAUUGUGAGUGCUGCUAACCCAAUCAUUGAAAUCUGGCAAACUCACAAAGAAGGAUUUGAUCCCACCUUUCCUUCCCUGUAGAUUUGAACUCUGUGAAACAAAAGAAGAAAGUUUACCCUGAGUUUUGAACUGUUUAAAUGGGACCUCUGUGAGCCUCACCUGAAUGUACCUGAGCCCUCCAUCGGGUAGAACCAAGCUGUUUCACUUCUUGCAUUGUUUUCCUACAGAAAAGUAUCAAAUGUUUUAUGAAAUAACUGCUGUUAUUUUUGUUGUGAAGAAAAAAAGAUGCAGACAAACAAACCCAGAACAACUACUGCAGUGAUACUGUCACAAUGUGUUGCUUUUAUUGUAUUUUAAAUGACUUUUGUCUUGUGUUUUUUAUAAAGCUCCUUCAGGUGUAACAUUUCUAGCAUCUUGCAGUUAAGUGCCAACUUAAACAUAAACAGUAUUGUAUAAAUUUAUACUGUACAAUUGUUAUCUGUUGAAUAAAAUGUUUGUAAUUGUUGCAUUUUGUAGGUUUUGUAUGGUAUCUUGUAUUCAGUGACUGCAGUUUUGGAACACAGAAUCUUGUUUUUUGGUCAAAUUUAAAAAGCAAGAAUUAAAUUUACAGUUUUUUGUGUGCAAA